AUUUGGGGAUUUUUUUUACAUGCAAAAUGGAUUUCCCCUCAUUCACUGCAGAUAUUUCAGUGGUCUGGUUCUCAUUCGGGAUGAUUUAAGGCGUCAAGAAAAUGCUUUUAACCUGAGGAAUACCUCAACUCUUCUGUUCCUGUGAGCUAAAAGAGAAGAAACGAGGCCCGGGUUUCAAAGAACAUCAUGUAGUCUCGCACAUUUACAGUGAAUAAAUACUGGAUAUGGAUGUAUACACAACCAUUUAUCUGUGCCGUCUGUUCAGAGACGCACUGAGCUCAUUUUUCAGAGAGAUAAUAGGAAGGAAAAGGCGAGCACUGACUCUGCUUGUCCCAGAGAGCAUUUCAAGGACAAACCUGUUGAUGUGAGCUGCAGCAAGACUGACAAGAUAUGGAGCGGAACGAGAGCCGCCAAAAACACCAGAGAAUGAGUUGACAAAUGAAAGAGUCUCUGGGGGGAGUGAGGAGGGAUGAUGCAUCACGCUGUUGGGGUGGGAAAAAAAUCAUAAAAAAGAAAAGAAACAGGGGCUGUAGUACGGGGAGAGUUGUAAGGCGGCCGGCGCACCAGCAGCAGAGGGAGGGAAAUAAACGGGAGGGGCGGAGGGAGGGAGGAAGGGUGAGCGAGAGGGAGGGAGUGAGGGAGAAUGAGAGGAUAAAUCCUUACUACAUAAUGAUUAGAGCUCACAAGCCCUUCCUGUGACACUGAGUGGAGGAAUCAGGAUUACAGCCGGUCAGAGGAUCCAGAGUGAGAGCUCUGCUGAUGAAGGGAGGAAGGAAAGAAGGAAGGAGGGGCACAGGUAGGAAAGGAAACAAAACAGAUAACAACAAGUGCAGAUAACUGAAGGAAACAACAAACAAGGUGUAAUUCAAGGGGAGGCGAGCACUAAAAACAGACAUUUUAGGAAACACUAACUCCGACCGCUGACUCGCAUCUGUCCCACCAUCUGUCGCCGCCCGCUGAUACUCUCGUCCUGGGCAGCUGGAUCACAUCCUCCGUCUCAUUUUCAUGGAGCGGCCACAAGAUCGCGGCUCAAAUCAGAGGAGGGCAAAGACAGGAGGCUGGGAGAAGAAGACGAGGGUCACCCUGCAGGAUCUGUGAUUGAUGGGACUCACAGAGUGGACAGGUGUCUCAGCCAAAGAUGGAGUACUUGUGUGUCUGUGUAAGUGUUAGAGCGACAAACUGAAGAGCUGAAUGCUUGAGGAUUUGUUUUUUAACGCUGAUGUAUUACAAGCUGUAAGUUUCUGGCAGCUUUUCGGAAGUCUCAUUCUGCAGCCAAGAAAGGAUUUAUCUUUUCCCCAGAGGUGAGCAUCUGCUGAAGACCUCAAAACAACAUGCACCAAAUAUGCAAACUCACAGGCGUCACCUCAAAGCAUUCUGGGACGUCUUACCUGAAAACCCUCCACUGAUGGAGCUGUCUCAACUUUAACUCACCUGGAACAUUUAGCCCAGAGCACGAGAGCAGCAGCAGCAAACAGCCACCAUCUGAUAACCUGUUUUCUCCUCCUUUUGGCACCUGCUCACUUCACUCACCCUCGAUCACUCUGUCCAUCCUCCUCCUCCUCUUCUUCUUCCUCCCUCCCCCCUUUUUUCUUACCAGCGAGUGAUAAUGUGACCUUCUGCCAAAGUGCUGGAAACCAUGCCACAGUCGCAGCGGGCUCCUCUGUUGCUGCCACUGAAAUAGACUCAAACAAGUGCAGGGGAGAGGAAGAGGAAGGGAGGAGGGAGAGGAAGGGAAAAAGAGAAGAAGAGGGCUAAAAGAGGAGAGAGAGAAAGGAAGAGAAAGAGGGGGAAAAAAAAGAAAACAGGAAGAGGACGGCUGAAGCUGUGGACACGGGAUGAGUGGUGACGAGCCAGGGCUGGAUGUGGAUUGCCGACACAGGUAACGAAUCACCUUCAUCUGUCACCUAGAUUUCCCAUCAGUCCACAUGACCACAUUUUUGAUCCUGCUUUCUCUGGCUCAACGCAAAAGUCUUCUUUUAAACUUGCAGGGCAAAGUCUGAUCCUGCUUUCUGCCCUUUCUUUUAGUGUUUUCUUUUAUUAGUUUUAAACUCACCCUCCCUCUUCUUCCUCCUCCUGCUCUCCUCUAACUGUCAAUACUGAAAUAAUCAGAGCGCAGAGGAUCAGAUCAAAAGCAGCAUCCUUGUUAGGGGGGGAUCAGACGGCACGCUGUGUUUGGUUUUUGCGCCUGUUGUAGGUGUGUGGUUGCUGUAACUGUUGCUUUAACUCAGUAUGCUGCCAGCAGGAUUAAACAGAGCAGAUCGAUGCGUCAUUGUAAAUAGUUAUAGAGCAGCUGAGAGGGGCUUUGAUACCUGCCCACAGGAGCCGAGAUGCCGAUGCUGGUGCUGAGUGGGAAAUUGAACGAGAGACUCUUCAGGAUGAGGGAGAAAAGGUGGUUCCUGUAAUUAUUGGAGGAUCCGUUCUGCACUUUCGCAGCUCGAAUACAGAGCAGCGCUUUUUUUAUGUGGAGAAUGAGACUUGAAUCAGUAAAGUGAGAGUUCAGGUCUGUGUGAGAUCGGUUAUAGAGGAGCUGACAGUGACUGACAGGUGGAGUAAGUGAAUCAAAUGAAAGAAGACAAUGCUCGAAGUGAAGUAAAAGCUGCAUGACCUUUCAAGGUGAUUUUCUUUUUUGCUUCUUAGACAUGGGUCUUUUAUACACUUUAAAAACAUUUUUUGGUGUCUGUUUACUAAUAAGUACAAAAGUUUAUUCCUGUCAGUGGCUUUAUCCAGGAGCCACAGAACAGGCUGUAACAGCUGCAAAGUUGCCAAAUCCUUGAGGGGAAAAGCCCCAAAAGUGGGUUUUUGCCGAUGACUCACUCAGAUUGACACUACAAGCAUCUUAAGUUAUCAUACAGAGGAUCUCGAAAAAUGUAGACCCUUUUAUUUACAGUAUUUUCUUGUCCUUUUUCCAUAAACAAAUAAUAUCUUUCCCUGUUUUUAAAGGACACCAAACUCUGAAAGCAGCAACCUCCAAAAACACAAGAGUUGCUGGUCUGCCAAAACUGUUGUAUUGUUAUGUUUCUGUUGGAACCAGUAAUGGAUGUUUGACCGAGGGCGCCCAGGCACCAAUUACAACAAGUACAAUGACACAUUAUUGAACAGGGUUGAUCAGAUUGAAAUGUAGAUGAAAACCAGCGAGCAGGGAUAAAAUGAAGAUUGAAAAUGUUUGAUGAAACGUUAUCGAUCGGUCACGUACAUCUGUUUACAGGGCUCUUCAAACUGAUGUCAUAUGUUGCACAUGCACAUGUGCUCCUCGUCAAUACAAUAAGAAAUGGCUACUUGUGGCUAAAUAGUUUGCACCUAAGAUCAAUUGCACACCACCAUCCAGCAGGUGGCAGCACAAAAACCAAAGUCUUUUAAUACAUAAAAAACAAGGCAUAUGUUGUGACGGUGAAUUUGUGUUCAUUGUGCAAGACUGAUUUCCACAUUUUGAAAUGAAUUUUCAAAAUGUGGAGAGAAAACUUACUUCAGCUACUUUGAAUAGAACUACUGAUUGGGGAAAUUGCUGAGGUAGAAACUGAAAAUAAGGCUGUUUUAGAGGUCUAUACAGGUGAAAUAGAAAAGAAAGCUGUUUAAGAGGUGGUCUUUCCAAGAGAAAAAUAAGACUGAGGGGAGAAUCUGAAAGUAAUGCUGUGUGAGAAUAAAUCUCUGCAGGUUAAACAGUGUCGUUUGAGAGAAGACUUCUGCUGGAAAUAUGAGAUCUUUGUGGGAGAAUCUGAAAAUGUUUGAAACAAUAUUUUGUAAAGCAGCUGAAAACACCGAACAAGAGAAGAUCUUUACAGGAAAAUCUUAAAACAUAACUGGAUGAUGGAAGAUUUCAGUUGCAGAAACCGAAAAUUAUGCCAUUUGAGAGGAAAAUAUUGCAGGGGAAACUGAGAAUGUUGACAUUUGACAAGAGAUCUUUGCAGGAAAUAUUCAAAAUAGUAGGACUAAAAGGUUAUCUUUGCAGUAUAUGUUGUUUGAGAGAUCUUUACAGAAAACAGCACUGCUUUUGAAAAGAUCUGUGCAAGUGAGGCUGAAAACAUUGCAGUUUGAGAAAACAUCUUUGCAGGAAAAGCUGAGGGCUAAAGAACUUGGACCUGAUCAGCCAAACAUGAAUGAAACAGCCUUUCUUAUCAUUCCUGUGACAGGCGGAAAAAUUAGAGCUGCUCAUUUAUGAGGGAUUAGUUUACUCAGAGGCUUUGGUGAUGGAAUUUAGCAAUGCAAAUGUUUUGUUCUGCUUCUCCCGCCUCCAUUUUCAACCAUGAGAGCAUGGACUUUGAUAUUUAAAACUGUUAAUGAUUUUUAACUUUUUCUGACAAGUCCUUUGAGUCAAACCAGGGUCCACUUGAGAAAUGGCAAGUUCAUUCAGCUCAGAAAAAGCUCUUUAUUGAAUUUAAUUGACUACACCAGAGAAAUAUUUGUUAUCACGCAGUGUUGACCAGCAAAUCCCAAAAUUUCUUAUAUAUGUGCGUGUGUAUAGAUAUGUACAUAAGCAGCUGUAUAAAAGAAUUUAGAAGUCACUGGUCUUAAAAAAUUAUUUUGUGUUAUGUCUUCAAGUAAAGUGUUUGCAUCUAUAAGUCAUUUACACCCAGAAUUUUACUUAAAAAACAGUAUAAAAAAAUAGGUCCAAGGUUAAAGAGAAAAACUGAAACUCCCAUGUAUGUUAACCCAGAGAAACAACCACACAGAAAGGCAAUAAAUCAAUGAAUAACAUAGACCAGGAUCAGAAGAGUUGAGAAACAACAGUCAUAUUUCAUUUUAAUGCUCCCAAAACGCUGCCCUGAAACAUCAGCUGCAAACUAUCACAUCAAGCUGGAACAGCUGCUUAUCAGCGACAUGUUUCCUCAUAAAGUGUCAAGAAUCCCUCUGAAUACAGGAAGGAAGUCAUCUAUAAUACUUGUCUGUAUCUGACUGUGUGGCUGUCUCUGUAUGUCAGAGCACCUGUUAGAUUAUUCUGUCAUGAGCUGCAAAGGUCUUCCACACUGAAACUCAUUGGACGGAGGAAUGAAAGUGAAAAUGGGGUCGCAUGGCACAGUACAGCACAAGUUCCUGGAUGCGAUCGGUUCAAAUCAGAGGUGACAAGGGUGCAGUGAGACAUGGGAUCUACCGGGACCGGUCCUACAGAGCAGAGUCUGUCUGUUUCACACCUCUUUGACUGGCAACAGUUAUUGAAUUUCAGGAGGAAGCUUAGAAAAAUAGGAGAUACAUUUUAGAUAAAGGGGCUUUUUCAGAGCUGAGAACAACUAGAAAAGAAAUUUGUUUUGAAUUUUCUCAUCAUAUUAAUCAGUCAGAUCGUCUAUAGAUAGUUAAAAACUGAUAUUGACUUAAAACAGUGGUUCCAAGUCCAAGCAAUACCCAUUUAUGAGCCCUAAAUCACAAGUUUGGGGGUUGGAGAGUUCAACAAAAAAUUCUCCGAUCCUUUCCUUUGGCCUUCUCUUCUUCUUCCUCCUGUCCCCACAUUUUUUAUCAGUCAGUUCACCAACUCAGGAUAACAAAUCAGUGUUUUAGCCAUGCUUUCUUGUGUAGAGUUUUGGGAUUUUAGGCUGUCUAUAAACUCUGAUGGCAAAUAACUGAGUUAUCAUUCACCUGUAAGUCUACUUUAAUGUAGUAUCUUGGUUUAAAAAGCCUUUUAACAGAGACCUUUGGUUAUAAUGAAGGUCAUUUAUCCCAGCUGUUUGCCUGUAAAACAAAUUUAGCACUGGCUGGGAUCAUAAACAUCCCUUAUGGGUUUGAAUUAGAAAGAAUUAUCUACUCUCUAUAACUCUAUACAGAUAAGUAUGUUUUUCUCCACAUGCUCCACCUGAGGAUGUAUAAGAGCGCAGACCGAGUCAGUGUGAACAGUGCGGCACCAGUUAGGCAGCUGAAAAAUGGCUGUUCAUUAUGUUAUGCCAACCAUAUCUAGCUCAGUAAUUGGAUGUACUGGUAUGCACGUGCACGUGAUAUAUUCCUAUCUGCAUGCACGUACGUGAGUGUGUGCAUGCCAAGGGAACAUGUGACACACACAGACACACACAGACACACACACAGGAUAACACGGGGUAACACUUGUACAACCAUGCUGAGCUGGACAUGCUGAGGGACGAGCCUGAUCAAUAACACAACUGAUCUAUUCUCUGAUUAAGCAGAUUUAUUUUGGUUUAAACAGAUGCUCUACUAAUCCUCCACUCACCCCGGCCCAAUACUUACACAUACAAACACAUGUGUGCUGAUUUUAUGUCCAUGUAAGGACCUGAUACAUUUACUGACCAUGUGAGGACAGUCUUCAAAUCUAAAAAGUGUUGUCAGUGUUUUCUUGAGAAAGUAUUUGUGCGUAAAAAAGAACAGGAAAAAACAAUUUUAUCAGCAGGGACAAGAUCUGGUGGAGAAAAAUUGUUAGUUAUUACUACUUACUAAAUAUAAUUGUGCAAGUUCAACAUUUUGCUGCGGUUUGCGUCUCUUGAAUUAUUAUAAAUCAAUUUUAUUUUGUAUUUCCCAAGUUGUUGAGAAGCUGUUGCAUUUGAUAUGUUUACCCUGAUAAAAAUGAAAAAGCAAUUGUUAUUCAUACAUAAUCCUGUUUAAACUAUUUUACAUGAAAAUCACUAUACCCAGAGACCUCAAUCAGACUUCAAUCUUUUGUGCCACCUGUGUUUUAUUCAGAGUUUAUUUCACCAAAGUUGAGUCCAUCCCAAUCAUGCUGCUGUUGUGUUAUUAGACAGCUGGUAGAUUCUUAGAGAAAAACAAAAUCUAGCAGCAGGAGGUACUGUUUGUAUGAAUGAUCUGAUAUAUCUAAAGCAUAAGUAAGUUAUACCAAUGGUAAAAAAUUGAGUAUUUGCAAAAACUGCCAAACUAAACACUGCAUUACAAUGAGAACAAAAAAAUACUGCAGUAAGAACAAAAAACUUGCGAAAACCAAGAAGCGAAUUAGUCUUUUUACUUGGUAGCAGUAGUACACCAAUUUUCAAGCACCAGCAAGAAUUUAGGGGGCACUGUUGGCCAAGAGAUCUAAGUGAAUGUUCAAUGUCUUCAUCUCUUUGGUUACAGGAUAAUAACCUGGUCCCGGUUUGGUUUGUUGCAUGACAUUUCCUCUCUCUUUGCCCAUGUUUCGUGUCUCUGUCAAGCUGUUUUGUCAAACAAACGCAAGCCCCCCCCCCAAAAAAAAAAUCUUAAAAAAAAAUACAUAGGAAUUCAGAACUAUGCGUGUUAUUUGAGCUAAAGCGCCUAAAAGUCAUAGUUUCUGUGACGAGUGUUACCUGCAUGCUUCAUCCUACAUGGUCUACAGUGGAUACAGGGCAUUUGGCUAUUAACUUAAAAAUAGUGAACCUUCUUUGCUAUUGGGACAUUCAUAUUCACCGUCUCACCAAUGCCAUCGCCAACUCAGGGCUUAUGUUUUCCCAUAGAUGUCUGUUUUUCUUAUCUUCUUUCUACAGCUUAUCUUACUUUGGGUGAUUAAGCUUACUGACAUGUAGCGAUAAAGAAAAGACAAAGGAAGUGAUUAAGCAAAUAUUAACUAAUAAAAUCAGCAUAAAGAUAGGAGCGUAUUACUAACACAAUAUAGAUGAUUGAAUCCUUUUUAUGGUUUAUAGGUGGCUGCUUGAUUUUGUUUGCACACAUUUCAGAAUAAUCCAUCUGAAAUCCAGCAAGAAAUGACACCUAAAUUAGUGAAAAAUGCCCAUAUAGGUUCUUAAUAUGCCUAAGCCUUUGAAACUGCACAGAACAGCUGAAACAUUUGUACUACCGGACAUGUUCGUGCAGAAGGAGGCGUCGCUAAUCGUACUUAUAGUUAGAAACAAAGCUUCUGCCCUACAUCCACUCCUCACUCCUCUGUGUCUGUCCAUCUUUUUCUCCUUUUAGAUCACAAGCCAAACUGCUUAACUGUAGCGUGCAGGCUGAUGUGAUUUGUUUUAAGUCCUUAUUUGCUGAUCUGCUGUGUCAUAUUGUGCUUUAUCAGAGAUGUGAUCUGUUUUUAAUCAAUGUAAUGUUCCAAAAAUCCCCCUAAAACAUCAGGGGUCUCCCUCAUAGCUCGGCCUUUAAUCUGGGGGGCACUUCCUCCCUGCAUCACCCCAGGAGUUUACAACGCACUGUCUCUGUACAAAUCAAACUGUAUUGAUAAAGCCUACAAAAUACAAGUUGAAGUGUUGUUACUAUGAUAUUGAAAUAGUUUGUGAUUUAUGGUUACAUUACAAAAUCUAUCACAGAAUAAACAAAAUAAGUCAUAACAACAGUUUUACCCUCUCUGACAAAUUUGAUUUAGCAAAAAAAAAGAAAAAUCAGUGAUGUGAAAAUGCAAACGGUCGUGAGUAUUUACAAAAAUUGCUGUGGUGAGUAUUAGAUGGGCAGUUACAAGAAGCAUCUCAUCGCAUUCGAGAUUGCUUAAGGAAACAUGCAAGGAUGCAUUAAAAGUAGUAUCUGAAGAAGCAUACAAGGAAGGGUACAAGGGAGGUUAUGAGGGUAGCAUUUAAGGUAAUGUACAAAACAGUGUAGUAGAGGGAAGUGUCCAAGUCGUGUACAGCAAGGUAAAGGAAGCUAAGAGGAAGUGACCAGUAUGAUAUGCUAACUGGUGUACUAGUGUAUUGAUUGAUUGAUUGAUUGAUUGAUUGAUUGAUUGAUUGAUUGAUUGAUUGAUUGAUUGAUUGAUUGAUUGAUUGAAAAAUUGGACGUUUAAAUUUAUAAUCCAGGUGGCUUAAAGGUGGCAUACAAGGUAGUAUACAAAGUAGAAUACAAGGUAGUACACAAGGUAGAAUACAAGAUAGUACACAAGGUAGAUUACAAGGUAAAAUACAAGGUAGUAUACAAGAAAGAAGACAAGGAAGUAUACAAGGUAAGAUACAAGCUGGUACAUAAGGUAGUGUUCAAGGUGGCUUAAAUGAAGGCAUAAAUGGUGGCACACACAAUGGCAUGAAAUGCAGCAUACAAGGUUGUGUACGAAGUGGUAUACAAGGUGGCAUAGAGAUGAAGCACAGGUACCAAACAAGGUAACCCUAAAGAUGACUAAUAAACUAAACCAACUAAUAAACUCAAGGAAAUGUUGAUGAUUAAACGAAGUCAUCACGCAGGGCACGGCUCAAGAGGAGGCAAACAGGGAGACAUCUUAGAAAGUGUACAAGGAAACAUGCAAGCCAAUCCAGAAAGAAGAACACAGGGUAAUGUGAGAAAGUAAGAGGUGGCAAGCUGAGGUGGCACAUGUAUCAUACCAAGUUCUGUAUGCUCAUGGUUAUUGGUAUAAUGUUGAAAAAACUUCAGGGCUCUUGCUCAGACUCAAGAUUCAAACCCUGGUUUAAAGUCCUGCUUCUGAGCCUCUGUCCUUUUCCUUUGAGGACAUUUUCCUUUCCCCCCUGUGAAUCCCUAGCGUGGUUUCUCUGAGCACUUUGGUUCCUUUGAUCUGAAAUGGUCACAAAUCACAUUACAUUAUGUUAUAUUGGUAUAGAUUCUAACUGUGGAAAUGAGCGCUGUGAACUAAUGGUUGGUUCUUGCCCUGCUGGUUCAGAAACAUGAGCAGAAAGCAGCAGUUUGACUGAGAGAUCUGUAGCAAAUACAGAACAUAUCAUGUCAUUCUUAAUAAAGCCAAAGCCACCCAUUAGGAUGAUUGAUCUAUUUUUAGGGUUCUUUAGGAAAUUGAGGGGCCCUUUCUGCUGGUGCACGUGAGGCCAGAGCCGGAGCAUCUUUGCGUGUAUUUGUAGCCUGCAGUCGGGCAGAAAUGACCUCUGGGUUUUAUAUCUCAGGGUGAGCGGCUGCCUUGUCAGCUGUCCAGCUCUUCCAUGGGCACUUGGAGGCGAUCUGCUUAAUCAAUUGUUAAAAAAUCAGACCUCACGCCAUCAUCCCCACCUCUGCAGAAAGAGAGAGGAGAGAGUGAAGAGGACGACAGGACAGACGGAAGGAGGGAAAUAAAGGAUGGGAGAAUGGGGCAAAGAGAUUAGACAACAGAAACAAGCAGUCAUGCUCACUCAGACGACUGUUUCAGAUGGAUAUUGCACUGAUUGACAGCCAGUCACAAGCAUGCAGGGCUGUAAAACAUUUACGGUAGGGGGAGUGGCGGAGCCUGCAGGAUAUCUGAGCAAUUUAUCCAAGGUCAGGAGAGAGGAGUAGUAAAUUUCCCUCUGAAUCAGGCAAUGCUGCAUCACCAUGUGAUCCUUUCUCCCGCCAAUUUAUGGACAUCUGACAGGGCCACCUUUCAAGUUGGAGCACAGAUCUGUGCUGCGAUUCUGAAGGCACACAGAUCCUGGGGGUGCUCUCCUAGUAUGCAAGGUAUCUGAUGAGAUCUUAAACUCGGGGCAGAAGAACUCUGACAGGAUGUGUUGCUCUCUCUCUCUGAGUUUAUGGCUGCGCUCACGGGCACAACAGAGACUAGAGGCCCAUUUAUAUUCAUGGCGCGGCAUCGCUUGCACCUCGUCUUGCGUCCUGUCCCUAUUGAGAAGGAAAACUGACACGCCGUAGGCUGGUGGGGGCCGUCUUUCCUCUCUUGUCAUUCUUCUGCCUCUUGUGGAUACUGACGCUAACCUGUGCAUGUGCAGCAUUCCUAAGAGCAUGUGCAAUUUGUAAAACAGGGAAUUGAUGAGCCUAAUCGCUUUCUAUUCAAAGCUGCAUGUGCACCGUUUAAUUUUCUCCAAUUAACCCUGAGUGGAGACAUGGUAGUGUAGGGUAGAGAGGAUCUCUAUGAAAGAUGAUGACGCUAAAACAAACCUGCAAUGGUUUUGAAUGAGGAGACAUCUCUCAGCGUUUGACUUGCGUGAUGAAUCUGAAGAAAUCCGACUGCUCACCCUUAGCUUUUUUUCUGGCUCACACAUUUCCUCCAUUUCCCCCACUUUCCUGUGACUCUUGUCACUCCCUCCUGACACCCAACGAAUUCAGCCAAAAUGCUCAGCAGACCCAGAAAGAUGCUCAAGUGACAGACAACAACCUUUGGCACCAGCAUGGUUUCGGGAGCAGCAUAAACAACCCGUCCAAAACUGAGGAAUAGUUUUCACUUUCUGUUGCAGCAAAGAUCAAUACAUCAUCUACAGAGAAAAAUAUAAAAGUCACAGUUGUUUAUGACGUGCUCUGAUUGCUUUCUAUGGAGAAGUUUUACAUCUCUGAGCUGCAAUUAGAGGAACCGGGCCUGUCUACACUCUGUUUUUAUAGUUUCAAGACCUGCCAGUAAAGCAGCCAAUAAAACCAUCAAAAACUAUAUAUUAGUCUAAGUGCAAAUUCAUUCUUAAUUUAUUUUUAUCUGAUUUCCAGCUAAGAAUUUCCCGCAUCAAAGUUUUUGUGAUGCUUGUUUUAAAGCUCCUGUAAGGGGUUUGUAGCAGGUAAUAAAACUGUCUGAAAUAAAAGAUUUUCCUUUUUAUGAUCUGUUAAAUCAAACAAAACCAUCAGAGAGGAAAUUCAGUUUUUCUUUGUAGUUAUUUUUUAUGAAUGUAACUCAGAUAAAGUGUAGGUGUCAGGAGGUGAGUAAGAGCAAAACUACAGCAGGAUGAGAUUCAAUGUCAGGAAACAUGUUAGCAGAUAGAGAAUGAGAACUUUUUUCUUCCCCAAUUUUUUUUCCAAGUGCUUCUUUUUUAUAGUUUGCAACCAAGGAUUAAGGCCACGUGUAUAACUUGAAAAAUGGAUCUGGAUGAUAAAGUCAGAGCUGUAAAAUCUGUAAAGUGACAAGAAUAAAAAGUAGAUUUGUGAUAAUAAAGUUGUGAAUGUACAAAGAGUAAUAUCAUAAAUGUCUGCAAUAAAGUCAGAAAUUAAGACUCAACCUUCAAUAACUAGCAUGCGUCCGCCCACUACUCCAAAGUCUAAAUGAAUACUUCUUGACCAAGAUCCCUCGCACACAGGGGAAAGCUGCUGUGGUGCUUAUCCAUCUGCAGCCAGACUCAGUACUUUAGCCUCUCUCUCCUGUACACUGUUGGAAAAAGUUGGUCCAAAUUCUGUUUGUGUUUUUUGUUUUUGAUUCAAGCGUUGCUUCUGAAUGUUAAACUCUUAAAUCACUGCAGUGCAAUCUUUGCAAAUAAGUCAUGUAGGUUUUACUUUUGAGGUUGGCGGUAAAGCCUGAUUUAUCUGUGACGGACCAACGCUGUAGCAUACGUCAUAGGUCUGCAUAGGUCUACAUAUGUAGCCCAAUGCGAACAACAAAACAAUGUGGACUUUAAGCUCUGUGAUUGGUCUGCUUGAUAUUUUGUUUCUACAUGUUUCAGGUGGAUCGUAUUUCACGCUAUGCAAAGAGGGCGGGGACGAACAAGUGAAAUGUUAUUAGACAGCAUUUCACCCCAAUGACACCACAGAUGAGGAAAUGCUGAUUGUAGAGGUCAAUAAGUGGAUUUCCUUCUCUGGAAGGACGCAAUCUACUACUUUUACAGUUAAGUGGCUGUCUUUAUAGAGACAAUUCUUUAUCAUGCGAUUGCAUGUGAGUCCACAGGUUCUUGUGAGUUCUCGCGAUUCCCACUGUCCGUAAUCUACCACGAAAUUCAUCUCACAAACAGAUCCAGUAGGAAUUGGCUGACAGCAAAAAUCGCUGCAGUUCUGAAUCGGAGCCAAUCCAGAUGCAGUGGAAAUUGGGGGUUAGUAGGAAAAGUAGCAGGACCAGGAGCUGGUGAUUAACAUCACGCUGCUGACUAGUGUUUGGGCGGGGUAUUGCAGAGUGAUGCGGACACUCCAACACAGAAUAUGUAGUGCUCAUAGUGGCGUUGGACACUAUACUAUGGUGUGACUAUGGCAUUGGUUCAAGGCUGAAGCAUAAACUAGGCUUAAAGCAUAUAAAUACUUGGCCUUACUGUGUCUAGCUCUUAUUUUAUAAUGGUUUCAAAAAUCAGGAUACUCAGAAACAUCUGAAACUUCAUAUCAGUCCACACCACACAUGUGUAACUCUCAGCAAAGACAGUCAUGAAUUCAGAUGAUUCUUGAGAGCUACUUUUGAGCACAUUGUUUGUUUUUAUUCAUAUGUGGGAUUCAAAGGUGCUGGUUGGGUUGACACCACUUGAAGGUUGCCUGAAGCUUUGGCCCAGAGCAUGCCAACUGCAUAGCCCAGCUGUGCACACUAUAAGUGUAUUUACCUUGGAUGAACUUGCUGAAAUUUGGCUCCUAAAAGACACAGAGUGAGUUUAAAUUGAUUUGUUGGUUCGACUUAAUUCAUGCCUGCUUUAACCGCAUUAGCAGCAGAGACUGAGGAAGAAAACAUCGUCAGAGUGAUUUAAAGCGCUGAUAGGAAAACACAAACACACACACAUACACACACACACACAGAGGAUAGAUUAAAAACAAAGUGGUAUGCUCAUAUGUGGAUUAGAGCAUGUGUAUGUGUGUGUGUAUGUCAGAGAUCAGCUGUACGUGUGGGCAGCCGCUGGGUCUACAGGGAGAGCAGGCUGGUGACAGCUGGACUGGUGGCAGGGUGGAGAGGGGGGUGGUCUGGUUCUGCACAGGCAGCCAUGGUUUCAGCUUAAACAGGGUCUUAUACUGAUCCCUGCUCCACAUACAGAUACACAUGAAGCUAAGGUUGCAAAGACCGAGAGUCUGACUUUUUUCUACCCUCAAUGUCACCUGUCACACCGGUUGAAAGCCAGGUCAACCUGCUGGGUCAAAGCCAUACUAUUAAAUCAGGAAGUUCUGUCCAGGCCUGUAAGCCUCAGGUAAGCAUGCGAUCCAUGUGUUAUAGCAAAAUGGAUUAUAUACACAACGCUAUUGUAAUCUACAGCCUCCUCAAGAUUAUUACCCUCCAAACACUUGCACAUACAAUCUGUUCAAUCUCUGCACGGCAGGCUGACAAAGCUAACACGUCUGAUUAAGUGAUGCACUCACCAUAAAUGUAAUAAAACAGGAGCGAAAUAUAUCAAACAUCUGUCCAAUGGCGAGCCAGCACAUGCAAGGUGUCCUUGAAUAAGAAAACCCCUGUCCUGCAUGUGAAUCUUGUAAGAGCUGUUCGGAUUUUAUCGCUGCAUUAUAGACGUUCUUUGAUUGUUUUGAGGUAAAAGACUCUCAUCGUGUUGUGUGAUCAAGGUGUUGCUACGCAUGCCGCAUAGGAGCUUCACGUCAGAUAGCAUUUCAAUGACAGAACAGCAAUAAAGUACAACUACAUUACUUUCCAUCUGCCGUGGCAUUUAAAACCUGCUGAUCGCGGCGCUUCUGAUUCUAUAGAGUCGGAAAAUCCAACUGCUCAGUUCAGCUCCACUUCACUCUUGAAUAUUUAAAUCCUUUAAUGCAUACAGACACCAGUCCGAGCUUGAAUACCCUUCAAUUGAUUCCUCUUAUGGUAUAUGAAAAUUUACAAGGUGUUUGCAGCCCCUCUUCACUUAUAGCUCCUCCCCCUGCAGUCAUCUUUCAGCGGCAGCCGUAAAGAUCAAAUCUGAUUUAUUGGGAUUUCACUCGGACAGGUUUUCAUCCCUCAGCAGAUCAAUCACUUGUCCUGUACAGUUAAUGUAAAGGUGUACAUGUAUUAAAUAUGUCUGCAGUGUCAUUUGCUGGAGGUCUGUGACAGAAACCAAUCACUGCCUUGGUCCUGAUAUACCUCUGCCCUCAGGGGUCCAAACAAACAGAUAAAUCACAGAAAAGCCUCUUUUGUUGGAUCACUUUUGUUCACCUCCAUCAGAAAAGCUGCUACUUCUCCAGCUCAGUCUGAGGCUGUUUAAUACAAAGGUGUGAUGCCGCCAUUUAUCACAUGACCAUGAUGUUGAAAAAUACCACAAAAAAGUAAUAAAUCAACAGGCAGUUUUAGAGGCGGUCCACAAGGGGACUCUCUCUGCCAUGCUGGUCAAGGUUUAUACAGGAAUUAAUUCUGGACCUUAUUCAAGUGGUGCUCAACAAUUAAACACAGUUACUUUCUAACUAUUCUUUGUUUUCAUUCAGUUAUGAAACUUACAAAAGAGCUGUAGACUUCAUUUCAAAAUAAAGGCAGUUUUUUACUAGAGAUUGACAGAUUGAUUUUGCCAAUUCAUUGCUUUUUUCAAAUAAUAUAUUCAUAAAAUAGUGGUAUUAAUUAUGUUAUUAUGAAUCAACACGUUCCCAAAAUGUCAGCCAUACUACACCGAAAAAAGUGAAAUAAAUACUGAAAAAUUUCUAAUAUAAAACGCUGUUUAUGUCAUGCACUAUAAGCCUUAGGAUUCUGUUUUAUGCAAAAGGUUUAAAGUUCAUUUAGAUGUUGUAAAGCAGCUGGACACUUUGACCUUCAGAGACUCAGUAUUAGCUGUUUAUGUAUGCAUACACACUUUUGUGCUGUGAGUCUGUUUCACAGUGUAUUAGAAGCAUUAAACUUUUUUAUGGCUACAACAUUUCCUGAAUGUCCAAGAUGGCUUGUUUGUUUUCUGGAAUGAGUUUGUUCUGUGCUGCUCCAACACUGAUCAAAUCACAGCAGGAGUUUAUUUUUCUGUCAUUUGCAAUCAGGGUCUCUGUGUAUUGUGGAACAGCUUUCCUUGACCAAUAUGUUAAAUCACAUUGUGAGGGUCAGCCUUAACAUUGACAGCAACAGAGAUAAGCCAAACUAUGGCCAGAUUGUUUCUGAAGAGUACCAUGAUAACUGCAGCUCUACUACUAAUAAGAGAACAUACAGAAGAAUGACAUCAGGUUUACUCAAAUAUCAAAGGGAAGUUAAAGUUUUGUUUCUGCACCACACAAACAACUGUAUUCUGAAUAUUAUGUUCAUUUGUACACUGAACACUUCGGCCUUUACUUCAUCUAUGCGUCCUCUGAGAAGAUUUUCCAAGGGGUUCAGGCUAGCGCAAGUUGGUUGACCGAUCAAGCACAGAUCUAUCAUAGACUGAACUUGGUGGAAGUUCUUGAAGAUGUUUGGCCCUUCCUCCAAUGGCCCAUCAGAAGAAGGGCAAAACGUCUUCCACCAAUUCUAGUUGUUUCUUUUUAAUCAAGCCUUGGAUGUGGCUCUACUCAGUUGUGCAUGAAAACAUACUGACUGAUUUAACAGAUGAAAACUAUGGCAACAACUACAAACAAUCAACCAUUAAUACCAAUAAUGUAUCCCUGUUAUUUGUAGACAGUACCCUCAAAUGUUUUAGUUGAGGCCUUCCUGCAGUCCACAUCGCCAUACUUUGAUAGGGUCACUGGAGGGCAAGACCUCAGCUGACAAUGGGUGAGAUGUGUUGAACACCUUGGGAAGAUCACCAGUCAGUGCUGAUAUAUGGAGACAGACAACCAUUUACACCAACACUCACACUGACAGGCGAUUUAGAGUGGCUAUAAAACCCAACGAGUAUGGUCUACAAGAGGUAAAUGGAGCACAGAGAGAACACCCAAGCUCAAGGAUAACAUGCAAACUCACCAAAACACCAAUCAACCUCUUAGGCGACAGCUUUGACCACUUCAACACCGGGUCAGGGAUGAUUUAAAUCUGGGGUGUAUUUCUUUGUAAGUUAGUCCAACCUUUAGCUUAAAGCAUCCCAAAUACUCACAGAUACACUGAAAACCUGAAGACUAGAUGUGUCAUUGGGUUUGAUCAAAUGUCCAUGACACCAGGGAUUGGAAUUGAUGCAGUUUUAUUCAUAAUCAUAAUCCAUCUUUAGAUGCUCUGACUCAUCAUUCCCUGAGUGAUCGGUCAGGAUCUGCAGGGAGGGUCAGCAAGCAGAUGCUGAGCUGUGGAUAUGUCUAUGAUCUAUGAUUACAGCUGCAGAUAUUGGUGUGUUUAUCAGAGAUGGGUCAGAGAUUCCGGAGAUAAAUCAUAUUUAAACCAGUGCAGAGAGGCUGUGCUUGUAUUUCAGCUGUGAGGGAAAGUAAAAACACAGAAAAAGUUUGUUUUGACAUUAUCUGUGACCUGUGGACACUCUCCAACUGUGCCAAACCUCGUGUAUUUUUGGAUGCAGAUUUUUUUGGCUCAUUGACUCUUUUUGGUCGCUCUAGCCUCUGUGAUGCCGAUGAUUCCGAUUAGUUAAAUGCUCGUGGAUUUAAGGAGCUUAGCAGGGCUGUAUUUUAUUUUAACCACAGCUCAGUCAAGCAGAUUCAUACAGGUGGAAGCAGAAAGGAGUAUAUGACUCUUACUCUUGGUAAUUUGAUGGAGAGAAACACAUUAUUCUAAAUAUAAUGAAACCGUUUUGUUCCAGAAAUAAUCAAGUUCAGUCAAAGGACAUGGGGUCUCUUCAGUGCCCUCAUUUUUAAUAACUCAACAGUUGUGAUUUAAAUCCCACUUCUAUAAUACUUUGAACAUGAAUCUGAUUUUCAGUACUGAUUUUGAAAAGCAGUACUGAAAAUAUGUUUUUUUAACUGAUGCUUUUAUUAGUGUUGUGAAGUGUCACAUCGGCAGUGACCUCCUCUCCAAGCACAGAGACUUACCAGAAUGAAUUAUUAGCUAGUUUUUUGGUUUUGUUUUGUUUUUAUUGCAGGAUGUUCAUCUGCUCAUAUUCAUUAAAUCACUGCAAAUAUGUACUUUUUGAGCCAACUACAACCCAUCAGUAAAAUGCACCAACUCCACUGUUAAUAUGCACAAACUAAACAAACUAAGUAAUUACAUAAACAGCAACUUUGGCAAAUAGCCAUUUUAUUUAUCUUGAACAAGCACAGCUCUUUUUCACACCCAGUGAUAAAACAGCUGAGGGGUUUUUGAUAAAAGACAAUAAAUAAACUGUCUCCAGUACCAACUCUCUGUCCACCAAUCCAUCUGUAUCAUCUGCCUCUCUCUCACUGAUACUUUUUGGGAUGUAACAUGACAAGAGUCUUGAUACAUGGGGCAGCUGGGGGGGUCUUUGUCAGUUAACCUGGUGUUUUUAGGUAUUACAGAUAACAGACUGAUGUUUUUAGCCAGGAGGAUGAAGGAUAGAGUAGGAGGACAAAGUAUGUCUCAGUUUUUGAGCCAAGAAUUCAAGCAAAUAUUGAUGCAGCAAUUUGACUGUAUGUUGAUGCAGCAGAUCUUAAUAGGGGCCUAGUUUGGGAUCAAUAAACUCCUUCACCUGUUUACAUAGUUAAUAUAAAGUCUCUCCUCUAAAGGCUUGUUGACUUAACAGUCCUGUAUUGUAUGAGUUUAGGGAAACAUUUAACGAUUCAAAUCAAUUCAGGUCACAAACUUAUAAAUCUCUAUUAGAGCAUUGAGUAAUAUCAGAAACUGAUUGAAAGCACUUUGCAAAAAAGUUUAUAAAAAGGCACAUAGGAGGACGACUUAAUCAGUAUGUGAGCCACAGACACAGCAGACUGUACAUGCAUGCAUGCAUUGUUUUAGUGAUCAUGUGGCAGAAUACUGGACAGGUGCACAGUGUCGAACAGCUGCAGCAGAGGCGUCAUGCCCAGAAUAUAAAAGCUGUCAUUAAACACUGCAACGAGGAGUCCUCACUCUAUGCCUGAUGUAUUUAACACUGCGGUGUCACGCUAAUGAGCUAGAUCAGGAAAUCAGUCUGUGGGUUCAACACCUCUGCAGCAACUGGAGGACAGUUAGUUUUCUCUCUUAUGUGGUUUUUAAAUGCUUUAAAUAUGAAAACAUAGAGCUUAACAAAUCCAAUCUGCAGGAAACAAUAACAUGGGACCAUAAAAUUCUGAGCUUGGCUGUUGUAAGAGUAAUCUUAGAGAAUAAUUGCAGCAUUUUUCAACCUUGGCCCUGGUUUAACAUACUCAAGGGUCCACAUGACCGGUAGGUAAAGAGGGUUUUGUGCCAGCAGAUUGCUUAAAAACUGGCUGUAAUGGCUGCAUUCAGGGACAGGCUGCAGUGCUGGUUUGGUUGAAUUAGUAGAGGAGGCACCCCAAGUAAAGAGGCUGUGGUCCAUGCCAUACCCAUCAAAGGAUCCCAAUGUCAUUCAAUGUGUCUCUCUCCCCACUCUCCAUCAUUUUACAUCUCCAGAGAUGUCCUAUCUUAUAAAAGGCAGAAGGUCUUAAAAGAUUUAUUAUUUGAUGGGUUGGUUAAUGAGUGAGUCAGUAAGUCAGUAUUUCAUUUAUUGAAUAUAAUAAAAAAAAAAACAUACUUAAAGAAAUAAGUACAUGAGUAAAAAGAUAAUAAAGAAGUUAGAUAAUUUUAAAAAGUAAACAAAUAUAAACAUGCAUGAAUAACUUAAUAAAAAUGUAAAACAAAUAAAAACCUGAAUAAAGGAGUUCAGUAAGUAAGCAUGUAUGUAAAUAAUUAAGUAACCGAAUGAACAUGAUUAAUUAAAAAGUGUAGGUAAGUAAGUAGUAAGUAAAUUAAAUUAAUAAUUAAACAUGCAAAAAGUGGUAAGUAAACAAGAAUGAAAAUAGGUCGUUUAAUUAGUAGAGAAAAUAAAAUGUAAAUAAAUAAAAUUAUUAGCCAAUUAGGUAAGUAAAUAAGAAAACAAUAGAGUAAGUUAGUUGACAAAGUUAGUUGAUAAGUAAAUGCUUAAGUAAAACGAUAAAGUAGGUAGGUACAGAAAAAUGAAUAAACAUAGGACGUAAGUAAAUACAAGUACUAAAUAAAUUACAUAAGUUAAAAAGUUACUUAAGUAAAUACAAGAUAAAUGAAAUUAAGUAAAAAAUAAUAAAAUUAGUAGAUAAAUAAGUAAUUGAAUAAAAUACAAAUAUAUAUGCAAGUAAUAAAUAGGUAGGUAACAAACAAGAAAUAGAGCGCUAAAGUGAGCAAGUAAUUUAGUUGAAAAGUUAUCAAAUGUAUGAAUUUGCUUACAAAAGAAAACAGUAUCUCGAUAAAGUAAAUGAUGAUAAUUUGGAAAUAACCUCUUAAUAUGGAUCAUCUCAUUCUCAAUGAGGUACUCCCCAACCACCAACGACUACUCCUGUACCCACCAGGUGAGAUGGUUGUUUGAAAGAAGAAUCCCCUGUGGUUAAAAAUGGCUUAUACGCGAACAAAAAAGCUUAUCUCACUUGGGAACCCCUGAUAAUGUUGUCAUCACUUGGAGUAAUAAACUGAGCCUGCCAGUGGCGGAAAAAAAAAAAAAGCUCUUACGGUCUUUGUACUUUGAUCAGGCACAUUCGCCCAAAGGGAUUACAGCCUUGCUGCACUGCCUGAUGAAAAAGCAGCAAUGGGUGAUUUAUCAUUCAGACCUGAAGUAUGUAAAAAUAAGGCCAAGGUUAGAAACACCAGAAUGCUCCUUUAACACAGUAAAUAACUGCCAGUGCAAUAAGAAUGAAGAAAAUCCUUCAUUUCAAUAAAUUUAUCAGAGCUGACAGGCUGCCAACAGGCAAAUGCAGGAUUUCAAUUCCCUGAAAAAAAGAUAAUACAGCACAAAAUAAGAAAAUAAAUAAAAAUAAAAAAACAAUAUGUGAGUUUACACCAUUUAUUAUACUCCCCGGCAGGUGUGUGUUAGUCUCAUCACCAUACCUGCAAACGCAAUACAUACAGAGCAGGAGGUGUCACUGUGUGCUGAAGAUUCAAUUCACCUUAUCAACAAUAUUGGUCUUACAGCAGCAGAUAACAGGCUGAACAUGCAGCGCCGGAUAUUUGCAUUAUUACCUGGUCACCUUAUCAAACCAUCAAUGCGUCAGUAAUGUGAAGAAAGCACAGGAAAGAAAAUUAGGUGAUACUGUGAUAAAGCCUGAGGAGGUAUUUUGAAUGCAGGCCCUAUCUGCAGCAUUUGAAUGAAGCUAAUUCUGAAGAGGAAGUGCUUCCUCCAUAUGUCACCCACUAGAGGGGGAUAAGCACUUCUUAAAUGUUUGUUAGUCAAACAACACUGCAGAGAGAGAACACAAAGACAGUCGCUGACAGAUUCAUAAAUGUUGUCUCUCAUUAUGUCUGAUUGAAUGUAGCCUCUUAAGCGAACUACUCUUAAUAUCAUCAUCAUCAUUUCUCUGUCAUAUCACUUUUUGUUUCUUUGAACAAGUUGAAUAAAGACUUUCAAAAGUGGCUAUAAAAAUACUUCAACCCCACAAAUAAUCAGUCACUAAGAGAUAAAACAGAGCAGUGUGCAUGUAUUUAAAUAAUAAUGAUGUGGGGGUAAGGCUUUGUCAAAACAGCACAGCAUGAGGACUAAAAUCCUCACACAAUGUCAACUUAAAGAGGUGGAUUUUGUUUUGUUUUGUUUCUUUACUAUGAAGAUGCUUUCUGGGUAAAAAUGUUGUGUUAAUUCUAUAUGUGGGGAAUGUUUUGAACUUUCCCCCAUAUAUAGAAAUCACAACAUCAGUCUGCCAACUUUCCUUCUAAAAAGAGCUUGAUAAACAGAACACUCACCAAACAGAAUUGUCAAUAUAGAAAGAGAAACACGAGUCGGCUCAAACUAAUGGCUUUUCUAGCAUGGCAACAGUGACGGAGGCUUCUUGAGCUUUUGGUUCGGAGAAGUUGUUGAGAGACAGUAGUAGCUGGAGUAAAGUGUUAACUCUCCGAGGUAAAACAGGUUUAAAAGCACUAAAAGGCUAUUAUAUACCUUUGAAAAGGUGUCACUCUCGAAUUGAUAAUUGUCAAUAAAUCAAUUCUCAUCUGGUACUUUUAGACUGGGAUAAGGAAAGUAGACAACUUAAAACACCUAAUCGAGCCAUAACCAUCUCAACUUAAUGCUGCAUGUUAUCACAGUUACAGCAAAAUAUUGUACAAAGGUUUUCCUUUCGACAAAGUUAUCUUUGCAUGGCCAUAUUAUUGCAAAGAAUUAAGUUUCAAAAAAGCUAUGCAACUUUUGCAGCUUGAAUUUUCACCAAUUCUCCCACUAUUUGCUAAAUAUUUCCACUAAUUGAGCAUCAGUCUGUCUCAACAACGUGAAACAGUCAAUUCUGAAUGUAAAAUGUAAAAUGCAAAAUCCCAGGAAAUAUUAAGUAAUGAGCUCCAUCAAUUUUUAUUUGAGCGAUAUGAAAAAAAAGGUGUACUUUCUGUAAGAGCUUUCAUCAAAUGGGUCAUAAGAGUAUAUUUGAUCACUUAUGACAUAAAAAACUGAGUUCUGGUCUUAAUUGAUUUCUCUCAGUUCAUCAUCAGGUCCAUUGUGACUCACACCGACUUCAGUUUAUGGCGGGGUCAUGACGCAAACAGAAACCUGCCUCUUGCCAGUGGCGAAGACAGGAUGUACCUUUUCUGAGCUACAAUAAACUUCAGAGCCAAACAGACUGUGGCGUGAUAAUUCAGGAUGGAUGUAUCCACUCAUGCAUUCUCCUGUUGCCAAAUGUCUCCAACCAGAAGAUGUCCACCGUGACUUUUGAUCCUCAACAUCAGAGUGAUGCCUUCAGCUGUUGUACACACAGAUACAUUUUCAGAGGAUUAACACAAACUCAGAUAAAAAGCCUCUUUCUUUUACGUAUCUUGUGCUGACUUUCAGAAUUUGAGGGGUCAGUGCCAAACAAAUCUUCGGAGCCAAUCUGCAAUUCAGCUGCGUCACAAAGCUAACGGCACUGUCCGCAGUCUUCACAUCAGAUAAGGUGUAUUGGAAGCUCCUGUAAUCCUAAGUGGUUUUCUGUCGUUAUUUCCUCGCCUUGGUAUUAGCAGGCAUGUUGACAAUACAAAGCCUUUCCACGGUUAUUGAUGACUCACUCCGUUUGCUUUAAUUCUGUAUCCAGGCUUUGACCUUCAUAUAUCUGCCUCAGCUGUUUCCAAGCCUUGAUUAAACACACGGAAGGUCGAAGCUUUUAAGCAUUUUGACCACGUACAUUUCUCCCCGUCAAAGACAUUAACCCUAAACUACGCCGCUGCUGUCACUGCUGAAACAUGGCUAAUGUCAUUGAGAGGAAUGUGGCGAAUGCCCUCUCACAGUGGGAACUAAUCAAUUUUUAAUGUGAUUGAUGAGGCACUUCCUGCCUGGGGAUCCACAUGUAAGACACAGCACGUACAGCUUCACAUGCAUGUCUGUGCCUUUUGUUUGGUUUUAGUAUGUGGCGUCAAUGAGACAACAAUCACAAGAUCAGUAUUCAGGAAGUCAACCAAUUAAGAGUCUCACUGUUGUGUUGAUACCGGACACUAAAGCAAUUAUUUACUCACAUAAUUUGUACAUAAUUUAAUGACUGAAUAUUUUGUGGUAACUUGCUUGAUUUGCACAAGUGACUUCUUUUGCAUGCCAUAAUGCAUCAGUGGGAGAACCCGCAUAGGGUCAAAACUUACUGUAGAAAACAAACUGUGAUUGGGUAAGUAGAAGCUGUUUCUCAUCUACCUUUUGACAAAUACCCAAGAAAUAUCCAACUUUUUGGGAGUGAGAGUUUUGCCAUCGUGGGCAGGUGCUAAGUCCUGCUAAAAAAGGAAAUUGGCAUUGUAAUAAAGGGAUGUGUGUGUGCAUGUCCCAAUGUGUGUUUGUGAGGCCCUAACUGCUGUGCUUUUCAUGCUUAAAGGGGUAUUCUGGCAUAAAAUUAAGUUAGGGUCAAACACACCGUAACACCGAGUUAGACACCCCGUUGCUAUCGUGUGGUUGUUACUAAAGUUGGUAAAACUAGAAAAGCAAGCGGUUAGCAACAUUCAUCUCUCAACUAGGUGUCUAACUCGGUGUUACAGUGUGUUUGACCCUAACUUAAUUUUAUGCCGGAAUACCCCUCUAAGCAAUGCUUUAUUGUGAUAUAAAAUCACACACUAUGACACCAGUGUAACACUGUGUCCAAGUGCAAUGUGUAGGUCAAAGGUGUUGUGAUCACUAAACUUUUUUUUUUUUUGCAACACCAGCAGUGUUGCAGGAUUAUAUGCAUGAGAGGAAGUUGUUUCCAGAUAUAUUCAUUCUUUUUCUUUUUUUUACAUUAAGUGUUUUGUGUUUAUUAAACAAGUUAAGAGCAAAAAUCAUGCUCAUUAUAUCGUGUCUUCUUCAUGCCAGUUCUUUUCAGUCUUGGUAGACAUAAUCAACUUACAUAACCUUGCAGACUUGAGGAAUGUGAAGCAUUGGUAAAUGCUCCAAAAAAUGGCCAACAGUGACCUCAAAAUAACUAUGGGGCCAUUGUCAGACCAUUUGUAAUACAGGGUUCCAUGCCCUUUUUUGUCAGAUGUCACAAAUGGAGCUCAGUGUUGAGCAGGGCAGGGAGCGAGCUGCAGCACACAGCUCCACUGAGCCCCGUGCAGUAUCCAAAUCUCUUGAUAAGUUUAUACACUACAAUCAAGCCGUAGGCCAUGACGCCUGGCAGGGAUUACCAAGGGAUUACAAUAUAUUCACCCCACUGGGAUUCCAUCACAUGGUGGAUCAGAUCUCUUUGACAGGGGACCAGUGCGCAGCUCUCCCUCAGGGCCACUAACACAACUGUGACAGAUUUGACAAAGAGCCUAAGUCUGUCUGACAGCUCAACACGAACCAGUGUCUGGCUACAAUAUGAAUGUUUAACUGACGCUACGGGGUUUGACACUGGCGAGCUCCGCCAUGAAGUUUCUCCUCCAUUACCUCCUGCAGGGCAGAAAGCAAAGCAAUUAGAGGUUUUAGGGAGAAAUUAAGAUAGUUUGGCUGAGAGGUGCUGGUUGCUGUCCAGUCCAUUAGUGAUGCAAUGUAAUACAAAAAGCUUUGAAUUUCUUCAAAGGCUGACUCCGGGAUUUGAAUGCCUUUGUAAAUACAGAAUUUUCUGUUUGCAUAAUUGAAAUGUCAAAACUAGAAAAGAACAAUUUCCCAAACGGCUUACAAAUCACAAUUAUGAGACUAUGCAUGUCAAUUAAUCAUAGCCAAAGACCAUGCAGGCAGAACUUUGGCAGAUUAUGUCUGAAUGCUUUGGGCCGCUGAAAAAAUUAAGCAACAGCAUCAAAAGUAAUGUCACGAGAGGAAAAUUAUAAAUCCUCUUGUUCUCCAUUUGUUGCAUUAAACACUGGACACCAUCUGUUGGUUUGGAUGGCAUAAUACAACAGCAGCAGGGUGGCAGCUGCCACCCUAAGACGCAACAGCCUGGCCACAGCCUCAUGUCGCACGCUGACACACUCUAAAAAUACAACUCUGGCCUCAGUUAAUGGGCUCUUACACUGUCUUAGUUAUGGCAAGCGGACCAGCACACUGAGCAGAGAUGAGGCUAAAACAUCAUUAAUCAAAAUAAGCCAUUACUAAGCGAAAGGCAGUUGGGUUGCCUGCCAAGUUGGGACAUCUGAGUAUUUUCACAUUUCGUAAAAAAAAAAAAAAAAAAAAAGCAGCACCUGAUCCUGUGUGUCUGAUGUUUCACUCCGUUUCUCUGAUCCCUCCCUCUCCUGUUUCUCCUGUUUUUCCAGGCAGUAGGUGACUGAGAUGGGCGUUCGUCUAGGCCACUUGAGCGACUCCCCGUGGUGGCCGCCGCCGCCGCUGCUACUGCUGCUGCUGUUCUGCAACCUCCCCGGCUGUUCAGGAAGGCCAUUCGGGAACCCGAUGCCCUCCGUGAACGUGGCGGUGGUGUUCAGCGGCUCGGCCUACCAGACGGAGAUUAAAGGCAGGUUAAGCCGGGAGAACUUUAUGGACCUGCCUCUGGAAGUGAACCCCAUCACAGUGCUUGUCAACAACACAAACCCGCGUGCGCUGCUCACCCGGAUCUGCGACACCCUUUCCACCAACCGAGUCCAUGGCGUGGUGUUUGAGGACAAUGUUGGCUCAGAGGCGGUUGCACAGAUCUUGGACUUCAUUUCCACUCAGACAGCUGUGCCCAUUGUUGGCAUCAGUGGAGGAUCCGCUGUCGUCCUGCCUUACAAGGUCAGUGAAGGGACACGGUCAGGGAUGGGGGAUGGAGAACAAGUCAAGAGCUGGUCGGGGAUUUAUCGUCAUCCUCUAAUUGUUGAACUCGUAUUGGAUAAUCUUAAUUCAGUCUGUUCAAACUAAGACACACAGUUGAAGAGUCUUGAUCGUUGAAAUCUAGGCCCUGUUUCCACUCACACCAACCUGUAUCUGUUCAUAGCGCAGACAUCAAAACAGACAUUUUAGCCUCCCUGUGCUUCCACUGCAAACCUGCUUCCACUCCAGCUCUUGCUUUCCAUGAUGUCUGAUUUUACCAAGGUCAUAUGGAUGGUCACUGAUGCCUGAUCUGCUAAGUACACUGUAGGUCUUUGCUGCUGCUCUCCCUACCUCAGGCUUUGGUAUUCAAUGCACUACUCCAAGAACAGAGCCAUACUACAAAAACAUAAGCCCAAAGGGAUUCAUUUCAGUGAAAAAUCAGCAUAAAGAACUGUUGACUUGGUGAAGACCAGUCCUUUGACAGGAGGGUGACCAUACGUCCUCUUUUACCAGGACAUGUCCUCUCUUUGGGGGGCUGUCCAUCCUUGUCAGGGGGAGUUAAUAAAAUCCUUCAAAUGUCCGAGGUUUUGUAUGGAAGUUUUGAGUUUGUGUCACGUGGACUCACUGAGUAGAAGCGCGUAAAAAACACUUGACCCGACAUGAAAAACUCUCAAAAUUUACUAUGGCCGACCCCGUGACUCUGUGACUCUGCCCCCGCGUAGACGUGUCCUCUUUUUGGGGCUUCAGAAUAUGGUCACCCCUAUUUAACACGAUCUGUAGAAGUUGAUUGACACUUAAUAAACAACAAAAGUCUAACUGUGGCAAAACAUGAACUAUUGGAAUAACCUCUCAACUUUUUCCUUGAGCAUAACACAUGCUCUGAAAGAACAGUUCAAGCAUUCAAGCUGCUCUUUUGUUCUGGAUCAUAAAAUUGAGCGCAGUGAGUCAGAGGCUUGAAAUGAGAGAGAAGCACUUUGGGUAAAUAAUGCCUCUCGGAAGCCCGAGGAGCCUGAUUAAAUCUUCAGAUCAUUUUUAUUGAUAUCAUUCACAGUCAGCAUCUCUCUGUAGCUAAACAGAAGGCUGCAAGUAAUACACACGAGAAAUGACAGUAUGAAUACAGAUUAUCUGCUGUUAAAGCGACAGUGGAGAUGCCACCAGCUAAAGUGAACCUCUGGGUUGUAAAUCACAUGUAAUUCUCCUAAUAUAUAGGCUGAAUGACAGGCUCACAGUCAUGCACUGAGCAGGGCAGCCAAGAGCUCUUAAUCUUUUGUGCCCGUCAUCAUUGUUUGUAUCUGCUGUAAAUUCAGAGUUUUUGGAGUUACAGGCAGGAUCUAAUGCAUGCAAACACACCGGUCUCAGAGCAUCAGGAAAAACCUGCAGAGUAUUGUGCCAUACAAAUAGAAACCUGAUUAAUAAGACAUCUGAGAAAGAGCAGGUCCUGCAGUUUGUAUUCAGAUCGGUUAUUUAAAUCAGGAAGGCUCUGCAGAACAGCUACCAUCAGGGAAUCCAUAAAAGAGCCGGCAGCAUUAUCACAGACUGUGUUUUUUACACUUCUGCCCUCUGGCAGGAGGUACACAAGUGUGAAACAGAGCCAUAAGGCUGAGGGACAGCUUUUUAUCCGUACACUAAUGGACAAAUUAGAAGAUCUAAUUUACUUUUCUAUCAAGGUGAAGCCAAUUUAUGUGUUUUAUAUCCUGUUUAUCAUUUUAAUUUACAACACUGCAUCAUAUUCUAGAAACAUAUGUCAGAUGUCACAUCUUUACUUUAAUUAGCUGCCUCCCAAAUGAGGCAGAGUAAAACGAUGAAGUGGCAGUGGAUGGAAAUGCCUGAAGAGAGUAGAGGUACUUCUGAUUUGCAUUUAAGUAGUUUUGUUUAUGUGCCAAGUUCUUUUUUUUUUAUUACUGUUGCAUAUGCCAUAAAAAGAUCAUUAAGGUUUGAUCAUUUCUUCAUCCAAUCUACAGUCUUACAGGUCAAAGAAGAUUUUUGUUAAUGGUGUAAAAAUAAUAUCUAUCAAAACACAGUUUGAGUGAGGCUGUACCAAGUAUUUGGCCACCAAGACUUUGUGAAAAUGUGAAAUAUGUCUAAAAACUUACCCUUUUGAAACCACAGUAAUAUUUGCUGAUGAUAGUGUGUCAAAAGAUUUUCCAUGAUCUUUUCUUAAAAAAAAAGACAGACUAGGGUUUUGAAACUGUCAGAAAUACUCAAGUAAGUGGUUAAUCAUCAAAACACUUAAGUUUAUUUGGCUCCUAAUUACAGCCACAGUGGGUCAAGAGGGCCGCAAACUGAGCUGCCGUCUAAGUUAGCUCUACCUCUUAUUAGAUGCUCAGUUUUUUUAAACGGAAAUGCUGAUUCAGCACUCUGAGAAGUGGUUGAAUAGUACAGGAUGUCAGGAAAGGCUGCAAGCUGAGUUGCCUCUAACAUUAGCUCUGUAUCCUAUAAGAUGCCAAGCUCUUCCUUUUGAUUAUUAAAAACACCAGCUAAUUUGAAAAACACUGCAGAUACAUUUUGGGGGCUGUAAGCUGAGCUCCUGCAUGUCUACCUGAUGUCUUUGUCAAAUGACUGACCUUCUUGAUUGAAUUAAUAAAAAACAAUAACUUGAAAUUACAAUUAAAUGAUUCUACACAGGAAAGGAGUAGCUGGAUAUAUGGUGCAGGAGAGGCUGCAAGCUGAGCUGCUCGAAACAUUUGCUUUGUUCCCAGUAAGAUUUGUCCACUGACUGAGCUUUGUUAUUGGAUUAACAGAAUAAUUUAAAAACAACAAUAAAGCAACAAACAAUAAACUCAUAGAAGUUUGGUUGGUAAUGUGUAAUCUGGAUAACAGGUACUGUUUAUGGUAAACUGAUAAGAGUGCAACUCAUUGAUAAUCAGCCAGACUUAACCAGGCUGGCUGUGGGUUUGAUAUACUGCUGAGAAGACACAAAAAAUGGUUCUUGAACAGUAUACUAAACAGGUAAAUGCAAAAUUUGUGAAAAUUUGUCAGGUGCAAUCAUAAAGAUGAAUACCCUACAGUCAUUACAGAGAAACAUAACAUAAAAGAGAAGGAUGCCACACAGAUCUUGUUUUGGACCGUUUGUUCAAAGACUGCAUACUUCCACUAAAGGUAGACAGAUGGUUUAGUCUGUCUUUUAGAGGCUCAAUUAAUCUGCUUGAGCAGAUUUGGCAGCAACGUCAGUAAUAAUCACAACCCUUAGAGCAAGAAUUAUAUGAUUCCAAUCAAGAACUUUAGAUUCAUGCUUAGGGAGCAGUCAAAUAAUCAGACACAAACCCACAUCAGCAACAAUGAGCGACAGAAAGAUGGAUCCACCCAUUUGUCAUUAUAAAAUAAAAUAACUGAUCAUUUAGUGAAAAAGAAAAAUGAAAAUAUUCAGGAAACUUGAUGGAAGUUCCUUGAAUAUGAGUAGUGAUGCAGUGUUACCUCUCAGGUAAAAUAAACAGCUCAGGAGACCUUUGUGACACAUAAACCAACAAAUAGCCUUCAAAGUUGUAGUUGUCGGAUUUGGUGGCAAUGAUCCAUCUAUAAGUGCAUCACCAUCCACUACAAAAGGCUCAGCCACAGAGCCCCACCAUAAUCCUUUGAGGAAAGCUUUUUAUUGGUGACAUUUCAGCUCUUUCUGCGGAGGACCAUGUUCUCAGAGCAAAAACAACAUCACAUGUUGAGAAAUGCAUCCUCGCUUUUCAUGGUCUUUAAAUUUGUUUACUACAAAGUAGAGGUUUCUCUUCAAAGAAAUAACAUGAACAGAGAAAAGCAGGUGUCCAAACAGGUGCUAUAACAUGGACAGCAAAUAAUGACGUGAUGUUGAGUUUGUCGAGGCAGUAAAAAUAAUACAUUUUUGUCUAUUUACAUUUAGAUAGAAUUUUAUUCUAAUUUUAACCAUGUAAUGUCGUGUUCACAUGAAGCACAAAUAAACCAUCUAUACUCACUUCAUUCACUUGCCUCAGGAUGCAUGACUGUUGUGUAUUUACUUGCUUCAUUUGCACAAAUUACUUGCUUAGUUCUUGUGUUUGCAUCGCAUCUGCAGAGAGCCCAAACACAAGUGUGAUUAUGGGAGAGGAGAGAAGGAGAGGAGGUGUUCCUGCAGGUCAGGUCAGUUUGUUUACAUCAAACAUAGCAGAGGUUGACCACACUGUGAGGAUUUGUUGAGUUUAAACAACUUACCAGAUAAUCAGACCUCCACACUCUCUUUCCUCCAGCCGAGCUAUCUUUUAUUCCUGUCUUGGUGUCACAGAAAAACCUGUAUCCAAUAGCUCAGGUAGCUGCAUACUGUCACGAUCGAUUAAUCCUCCAAUUUCCACAUAAACAAAUCUCUGCAGGUCUGUUGUUGACAUACAUCACUGGGGUGUCUCCAUGCUGAUUGGUUAUAAGUUCAGAUAUUUUUAUAGGCGUUUGAAGCAAGUAGCAAAUUGGACGCAAUAUGGAUUCAUGUCAUUUGUGCUUUUCAUCUGCUCAAUUCGCACUAAUUACGCCACGUAAUUUUUCGUUGCCUGAGUACAACGGGCGUCUUGCGUUGACUUUACAUGUAAUUCACUUGUGCAAAUGAUUUUACACAAGCCUGGUGUGAACACGACACUAAAAUAGUAUCCAAUUUAAGAUGUGCAGAUGUAAAUAUCAAGUGCAAUCUGAAAGAAACGAGAUAGUAUCGUCAGCAAAGGAUGGCAGCCUAUUAGAAACAGAAGGGAUCCAGGGAUAGAAGAAAAAAAAACUGAUUGAUCCCCCUGGGGACACUAGAAAAGAUCCGGAUGUAUAUCAAUUUACAUUUAAUUAUUGCGACUUCCUUUGAGACUUAUUUGAACAUCUGUUUGGCAAUCUAGAGCUAAAAUUUUCUCCUAAUACUUCUUGAAAAAGAAUGGCAAACUUUUCCAUAAGCUGUAGAUCCUAUCUGUGGAUUUUGUCAGUGAUAAAAUCAUUAUAUAUACAAAUAUCUUUCACCAAUAUGCAAGUACUAUAAUCUACACAUAUUGAAUUUGAAUAUGUGUAAGAAGAAGGGGUUUUCAUUUUUGGAGUUAAUAUCUUGCAAGGACAAGGAAACACUGGUUAGACUUUCCAAAGGUCAUAUGAUUUGUGGCCGGCUCGCUUGUCAACUGCACCCAUUUCAGAGAGCGUGCUGGGUGAUAGUGCCAUCAGCAUGGCUUCUCGGAGGUAAUAAAAGAGAUGUCAUUCAGCAGUUAAAGCCUCCUGCUGCUCAUUUACACCCCGUCUGUUUGAACGCGAGGACAGUAAUGGCAACUCAAUCAUCAUAAAUUUCCCAAUAAACAGAUGUUAUAAGAAACGAGAAUAAUUACAAAGGCUGACAAGCGAUAGGAUGAAUGACUGCUUUUCAUCAGCAAUUAGCCAGUGAAGGAAGUUAAGACCAUUAAUAUAUGCUGAGUGGUGAACACAUUAAGAAAGCCUUAUAGGACAGUGAGAGCAUACAUAAUUAAUGCGGCAGUCACAGUUGGAGACCAACUGUAAUCUUCUUCGGCACACAGAGUUAAGAGACCUCUGAUGGACACCUCACCUUCCUGCCUUACCUGAUGUGUGACAAUUUCUAAUAUCUGACCCCCAUGCUGUUAAUGCCCCCUGUGGUUUUCUUGUCUCGCCUCUUUUAACUUGUACACACUGUGGAUUUAGACCAGCUAUAUUAAUAUUCAGUGGCUGUAAAUGUAUGAGGAAACAAAUGACAGUACUUUGUCCGAUACUCAGGAAUGAUUUUAGCCCAACCCUCUUUAAAUCCUCUCCUCGGUAAACAGGAACACCGCCCGUUGGUUGAUUUAUGGGACCCUGUCAGAGGUAGUCAACGAGGCAAUGGAGCUCAUUCAUUUUUCAUUCAUAUUACUGAAAGCCGAGUUUGAUCUGCCUGAAAGUGACAGCCCUGAGAAAGGUGAUAAACCAAUUCCUGUCCCCAUGACAUUUGAGUUUGUUGAUUGAGUGCAGAGCAGAGGUGCCAUUAUCAUCUUUAUUCCUGAAAAAGGGAUAUAACCACAAGCAAAGGUCCAGGCAGUCCUAAACGAAUGUUAAGAUAAAGACCAAGGAGUAUUAAACAGAGCUCAGUCCUCGGAGAGAAUUGCUUAUUUAUGCAUGUAUGGACUGAAAACUCAUUCAAGCUAGCAGCCAUAUGUCAACUUCAGGUGGAAAAGAAAUCAAAGCUCCGUACUUCACUACCGCCCACAGAUCAAUCAGUUCCCAUGGAUCGGUUUAACUUGCAAACAGUGGGUAAAUCAAUGGCAGCAAUUAUGGCUGACAUAAAAGACUGAAAUGUUUGCAAAGCCCCGAGAAAGCUGAGCCUGUACCUGGUUUACAAGCUACAAAAUAGGCCUGUCUUUGCCAGGACAGUGAAAUACAAAGUCCUUGAAGGAUUUACCACUGCUUUUGGGAGAAAUCCGUUGUACUUGAUACUGGACUUAUGAGUGUUUUCUAACCUCUACACUUGGUUAAACAUUCAGAGAAGGCCAAGCCCAGGAAAAAAGACAAAGUUUUAGCAGACACCAAAAUGUGAGACAUCCCACACAGGUUUAACAGAUUUGUCUUUAAAGUGUUUAAAGUGCAACGAGAUGACUGACACAGCUCACCACACAUAUAGUAGAGCCCAUUCACCAAUGAGUGCAUUCUCAAAUCUGAGGCUCAAAAACAAUCUCGAGGUGAAAUGUGGCUUUAGAGUAAAAAAAAAAUAUGGUGGACAACAAGUUGGCUCUCUGUUUCCGACAUCCACAUGACAAUCCACAGAGAGCAUGUUUGGCUUUCACUGAGGUUUCCCCUACACUGCUGGAUAUCUGACUGUAAAUACUGAACACGACUAAUGUUUAUGAAUUCUGAUUUUACUGCAUACUACAGUGGUUUUCACAAACAACACACUACAGGAGAAUCAGGCGAGAUAAUCUUAUGUACCAUCAAAAGUCAGGCCUUUGUUGACUUUGGUCAUAGGGAGGGAAUCAGGCUCAUACUCAGCCUGAUUAUCUUGCAGCGUGAACCCUGACAGCAUUUUUUUCCAAGAGUCUUGAUGUAGUUGUUUGGGCCAAAAGACUUCAAACCAUGAUUUUUGUUUCCAUGCAAUGACAUCAUUUACAGCUGGAUGAGCAACUUGUGAAUUAAGAAAGAUUAUGUACUGAGAAAAGGGUAAUUCGGGAUGAACCAAAAGCAGACAAGACUGCAAAACUGCAAUAAAACCCGACCACCUCAAGAUCCAGAUUCUAGUCCGACACUACAGAGACUGACAAAACUAAAGCAGGGGAGGCUCAAACUUUUGUCAAACUUUUUCAUCAUUGUUGAAAGAUGUAUGACUUUCAACAAAAAAGACAUCCAGUGAUGUCCUUGUAGUUUUUGAGUCCCUUAACAGAAACAAGGUAUCAUAAACGUUCCCUUGUUAUGUAUUAAACUUAAUGUUCUGACCUAAAAUUGAAGAUAUGCAUUGAAGCGUUCAUUGUGCAGUGCGACAGAUCACAUCCUCUGAGGUAGAGCGCAGCGAGCGAGCUAAAAUCUGAGUCUGACAAGAGCAGACCCUGAUUGUCUGAGCAGGAACAUGAGCCCGGGGCUUUCUCUCAGAACGAGAGCAGCUCCUUUUUUCUCCUGUUUGAGUUCACAAACCUCAGCUCACUUGUCUCCACCUGCUGCUCCUGCUGCAUUUUAAAACCACCAGCACAGUGAGAGUGUAACCUGUCUAGACUCAGACAGGGAGAGAGCAGUCACACAGAGCAGCCUAAGGGGGGGAAAGAACAGACAGUUAACACAUUUUUAUGCUGAGUAACUCGUGCCCCACAAAUGUGAGCUUGAGUAUUUUUGGACAAGACCAAAAGGACCAAGUCUUAUGUUAAAGGAGCAUUCACCAAUUUAAGAAAAGUAGCUCAGUCUACAUGUCAUGACCAGUGAAUCUCUGCCUGAGAAAUAGUCAUCAAGCAUUUCCUUUUUCUUGCACUUAUGUUUCUAUCACAGAUAAAGAUGUAUGGUGGCCAUGUUAAAGAUGCAAAAAAAAAGUGCUGAUGCAAAAAAAAAAAAAAAAAAAAUGUACCUACUGCAAAAAUAAAGGAUGCUAAUAAAAAAAGCCACAACACAAGUAAGCUGCCGGGGACCAAUAAUGUAAAAAUGCGAGGGAUCUGCGUACUCAUUUCUAUGAGUAAAACAAUGUGAAACAAUCUUAGCUAGACUAUAUCCAUCCAUUUUCAUCCCUGGAUGUCAAAACAGGAAAGCUGUCGGUCUAACGAAGCGGGUGGAUUUUACAGAAAAUUGGUGCGUCAUAUUUGUAUUUUCAGAGCUGCCACUGUAAACACAACAAAAUAGUGUCAUCAACAAGAGUUUGGAUUGCUCCUGUCUUCUAACCACCACGAUAAGGACCUAAUCCUUGCAUAUUAGAAGCAUUGACUGCUUCAUGUGAUGCAUAUUGUCAUUGUUUUUCAAGGUGUGUGAAACUACCUGGAAGGCAGCAAUGGGAACCAUUUGGCUUAAGAAUGGGAAAGAAAAUUAUUAAGAAUGGGAAGGAAAACGAAGAAAAACACUCAAGUAUACAAGAUGUCAAACAAUUAGCUGAAACAGGUACUAACAGAUCUAGUUAAAGUCUUGAUCAAGGGUUUAAAAACACCAAAGUGUUCAUUUUGCAAAUCCUUUGCAAAGAAUUUCAAGUGAGUGGUGCAAAAAGUUCAAAGUUAGUCUCCUACGCUCUGUCUAAACUUCAGGAGCUAAAGACAGUCAUUGGACCAUGUCUGACAUGGUCCAGAGGACUAAAUGAGGAGAGAUGAGAUAUAUGUUGGUAGAUUUCCAGUCAGGGCCUUCACGAUGAACACACACACAUGCCCUCUAUGUCUCUCAGCCAGAAAGAGCCGCCCAACAUAUUUCAUAUUCAUAUUAAGUGCAAUGAUGAGUGUUACAACCUGUGAUAAACCUGAUAGCUGUAUGGCACACAGUCUGUACAGGUUUAAGAGCUGAUGCAGAUCCAUGUAUGUAAAUCACAAUAUCGACAAGGAAGACAAAUUCUUGAAAAAUAGUCCCCUUUGCCCUUGAGAAUAUCAUAAAAGUAUUGUUAAGCAGUACAAUACAAAGUUGUGUCAUCUGCAUAGAAGUGUGCAUGGAAAUUUGUUAUGUUAGAGGGGGAUUAAUUAAUUAAAAAAAAGGAAACUGGACCUAAAAUGGACCCUUGUGGUACACCCUUGGCCACUGUUACAAAUUCUUGUGGGAAGACACUGCAACAGUUUAACUAUGGUGCACCGAAAGGGACAAAAUAGGACACUAUCUUGAUUGCACUGACAGCCGUUGCAAAAACAUGAAAUUUGGAAUUCAACUUAGGUUCUGUUUAUGUUUUCUUUUUAUUGUCCUUUUCUCCUAAAUUUUCUCCUAAAUUUCUUUGGUUUGGCCUAUUUACAUGUUGCUCCAGUCUUACCUCACACUGUGCCUAUAGUGUAAUAUUUUUCCUUUUAAAUGGAAAAUAUCCAGGGAGCUAUGAGUGUGUUCUCGGUUGCUGUGCAGGAUCUGUGUGACGUCAGCAGUACAGGAAGGUAGUGCCAGGGCAUUUCCUGCUGCGUGGUGGAGGCAGACAUAUGUCGCAGCAAAGAGCCGUGGCCAGAAGUCACUCUUCAUAAAAAACAGCAGAGAGGCUGCAGUUCAGUCGUGUGACUGAUGCCACCGUACACAACUCUGAGCUCCGUGUCUUAACAGCUAAUUUCCCCCCACUGUCAUGACACAUUUACAACAAAACAUAAUGUUACUGUGACUUCAUUCCUAGUUUCCAUCACUUUUUGGAUGUUUCCCAAAUCUAUGAAUAGUCACUGUCCCGAGUCAUUGAGAUAACCUCCAGGUAUGCAGUGAGGCGUUUUUAAUGCAGGCAAGAUGGCUGCUUGUGUGUUUGUCCUGUGAAUCAAAAAAAAGUGUUGGUUUCAGUGUCAUAGCUGCGGCACUAAUAUAAACAGCUGUGCUUAAGAGAUUAUCACUGCUUUACACUCUCAUCUAAAUCAGACCAGUUUCAGAGCAUCUCAAAUCUGAUCAUCCUCUUCAAAGUCAGUCAGUCCACUGGAAUUUGAGAGGGUUGACUGUUUCCAACAUAUGUAAGAAGUGUUCAAGGUUUAAAAAGCUAAACUUGGCAGAGUGGACCAUUGCAGCACCUCUGUAUCAGUGCUCAUAAGGCAGCGUGGGCUCUGUAUGGUUCAACCUGUAAAUGUAAUCUCAGCCCUGGGUAGCUAAGCUUUUCACUCAAUGGUUGUAAUCUUCUUUGGGACUGUCCACUAUUCCUGUGGUCAACACUGUGCAUCUACAGCUUUACCGCCUGAUAGAGUAAAGGUCCCCUUUUCAAACACCAAAGGUUAUCAUCUAACAUGUAUUAUUUAUAGUAUUCAGAAAUAUGAUCAUCUUGUAUUGUCAGAUGAUGGAGAUUUUUCAAGCAGCAGAGAUUUCUCCAAUCUCUUUUUUAUCCGGGCUGUUCUGCAUCUACGUCAUUUGGAUUUAGAGGAUUUCUCUUUGUGUGUGUGUGUGUGUGUGUGUGUGUGUGUGUGUGUGUGUGUGUGUGUGUGUGUGUGUGUGUGUGUGUGUGUGUGUGUGUGUGUGUGUGUAUUUGUGUGUGAAGGGAUGCCUCAGAUUACACUAUUUUUGCACUGAAGGUACAAAAAUAAACCUUUCCCAAGGAUUGAUUUUGCUUUGGGUGAAUUCUUUAUUACGUAACACUUUUGUGUUUUUCAAUUGUGGGAAAAAACGUGGAAGCAAGCUUGUCAUCAUUCAUCAGCACAGACACAUUUAAUGCUACUGAAUUAGGUUCUGGUAAGUGAUUCCCACAGACUGUAUAUACUAUGGACAUCUAAACCCAAAACAGCUGGAUUUUAAGUAGUGUUUACCUGCGACUAAGUCUUGAUUUGUGUAAUUUCACUGAUUGUAUUGUGCAAGUUCUAUCCAUGGAUGGUAAUUAAGUUCCUUUAACAUGUAAACUUUCACACAUUGUGUUGUUAUUAUCUAGAAAAGUUUGCGGUGCUAACAGCAACAAGGGGCUACUUUCUGUAACACAAUAUCAAGACCCUCCCAAGUUAAAAAUUUUAAGUCUAAUGCAUGUAAACAAAACAAAAGAAUAGUAGCACUGAGCUUUAAGUUUGUCAGUCAGGGCCUUAAGUUUGUGGACUUUAUAUACUUAAAGUUUAUAUUGUCAGUGACGGACUUUGGACGUGCAGGGGUAGGUUAUGAUGGCACCCACUUAGAGGUCAUUUGGAGGUAUUAGUGUUUUUGCAUUUAAAGGCUUUCUGAUUUUGGCUCCUACAAAGCACACCACUACUUGUGCAAAAUUCAUUUUACAGUCUGUGUAACUGAAUAUAAUUGCAGUCUUGAUUUCACCCCUGUAAACAUAUGCCUCUGCUCCGACUGUACAUGCUCCACACACUGACUCCAGCCUUUGAGCUGCAGCUGAGCCUUUAGUAAUGCCCAAGGCUCAUUUGGACCGUGCAUCAGCCCGCUCACUGCUAAUUGAGCUGCUGAGAUUGGAGUUUGCAGGAGGCUUUACUCCGACUAUGCCCUCCGGCUAGUUCCCAUGUUUAAGGCAUACAAAAACACAAACGCACACACACACACACACACCUGCGCAAACACACUGACACCUUGGCACCUGCUGGGGAAUGAAGCGAUUGAGGGUUGUUGCAGAUGCAGGGAGGCAGCAGCAAGAGCAGAAAUAAGGGCAAUAACUCUGACAGAUUAGCUGUGGGACAGUGAGGGGAAGGAGAAAAUGAGUAGAUUUAUACGAUCUUCACAGGCUUCUCCGUGACUAACCUGCAUAAAUCCCUGCACACAGUAUGGAUGGAUGCAGGCAGCCGCCCGGACUCCACUGCAGUCUAAUCCAUCUCAGUCCACAGCUGGUCCUGUACACUGAGUCCAGAGUGAUUUCUCAUAAAAGAUGCAGAUAACUGCAUGACAUGUAUGUGAGUAGCAUAUUAUUCUGUUGAAAAGACUAAAUUAAUGAUUUGAGCUUCUGAGUUAAAUUUAAUGAAUCAGAAAUUCAGUGAUGAGUUCAUUUUGUUGUUGUUUUUUUUUUUAAUCCACAAUGUUGGUAAAAACAGAAGAGCAUGAAAAACUGGUGGAGUUGAAGAUGUCUGUGGAUUUGACAUGUCCUCCAGUUUGUACCAUGAAAGAGGAGAAAAAAGAUAAAGAGUUCCCGCUAAUGGUUUAUCUACUGUAUUGAUCGGCUUUGUUUGCCAGCCCAUCAUGUUUUGAAUUGCUCCUUGUAGGAGGCUGGCAAGGGCACUACUGGUUAAUGGAAAAAGCCACAUCAAUAAUUAAACAAAUUGGCAAACUUUAAGACCUACAAUUACUUUAAACAUGUUUAAUUUUCUCCUAUCAUAUUUACCUGGAAUAGGCUGCCUUUCAUCAGUCCUGAUUGAGCUUUAAGACCAUCUUUGACCAAACGACCACAAUCAGGGGAUCGUGCCCUGACUUCAGCUUAACUCCCAUGAUUAUAUUUCAACCUUGGAAAUUUGUCUGAGUGUAAAAUUGCAUUUCAUUCAGAGACUUGACAUUACAUCACAAUGAGAAAUUCUGGGCUUACAUUACACAACUUUUCAUGGGAUUUUGAAGUAAUACGCCAAUUGUGUCAAAGGAAAUUAAAAAUAUCACCGAAAGACCAAGAAAUCAGACUCAUAACCACAUCAGAAAAGAUGACAGGGAGUCAUAUAUGAGUUUGUGAAUAGCCACAGAUCUUCGGAUGAAACUAAACUGAAGAGGUUAACUACAGAAUGAGUUAAACUGGAGGCAGCUGACAGCAGACCAGUCACUGUUAUGGAAGAUUAAGAUCUAAGGGCUGUUCUGAAGUUGGCGUGUGUUUAUUGUUCAGAUUUAAGUAAAAACGGUUGUUAAAUGCAAAAUUAUGAAAUUUGAAAUUCAGAUAUUGAAAAUAUUAAUCGUCGAGCAGCCCCAGAAAAUACACUUUGAGCAAUUUGAUAACAAUUUCUAAGUGCCAUGAAAUGUAUGUGCACUUUUUCCUUUAUAGCAAGCAUAAUCCUGAACUUAUUGGGUGUGCAGAGUUAAAAUAACUCCUGAAAUUACAUGGAGCAUUUAGUUCAUGUUUCAAAAUCGAAUGUUAGGUGUAGAUUUGUUAAAAUUAAAGAAAAACGGGUUAAUAAACAUGAUUAUUUUGGCUGCACAACCCCAUCGCUGAAGUUGUACGGCUCAUUGGGAUAAAGAGCAGUUUAAAAUAGUCGUACAUUAAAAAAAGAAGAAAAGAAAACACUGAGGUUUCUUUUAAAUGGCAGGUUUCUUGGGGUUUUAAUAAAUGAAUGGUAAAGCCAAAUCUGUGUUGAAAUCAAAUACAUCAGCAGCCUCACUGUUGUAAGCAUGAAAGAGAAGCCUGAGAGAACAAGAGCAGUGACGAGUGAAACAAGCCAACAGGAAAAAAAAGGAAAUGUUUUCAGGGGCGUGAGCUCGGUUACAGUCAAAGGCACAAAGUCAGAGGAUUUAGCCAUGACGUCUGAAACUGUAAGAAGCUCAUACAUCACAAGAGCACUGAACUUCUCCCAAGGACAGCAGAGAGACAGGCUGAAUCACAUCACAGGCAUGUUAGCUGUCUCAGGGUACCUGACCCCCUCAAAUCCUCCGCUCUGAGGGCCCACAGAUCAGGAUCAGGAUGGAGGAGCUUUCUUCCAAGGAGGGAGGAAGAGUGAGGAGGGGGGCCACCUACAUAGCCUGACGGUGGGAAAGAGCUUCCACACUGCCGAAGUCUAAACAUGAACCUCAAACCGAAUCAGAAGAAGAGCAGAAUUUUAAAAGUCAGUCAAAGAUAAGUAAUUUUUAUGGUUAAAGCGAUCAAAGAACAAUAAACCUUAUUUGCACAUCACAGUCUAAUUACCUCACAAUGAUGCUGAGCUCUACGAAUGAUUCACGGUUUAAUGAUGAUGUUUGUUCAGCAGAGAGACAUGGCACAGUGAAGACAAAGAGGAGUAAUUGGACUGUGCUGGAGAAUAAAUAAUCUCUGAUGAAACUAAUGGCUGUAAAGAUAGAGGAGCAUCAAUCCAUCACUGUCACUUUAAUUAUGAUACGCUGUUAUAAUAACAGCAGAGAGAGCAAGGAGAUAAGGCGAGGGCUCAGACGGCUCCCAAAAAGGCUUUUAGUGGCUGUUUGUAUUUCAGCUUUUAGCUACUGGUGAUUAAUGCUGAUAAAGACUUAUGGGUUUCUCAUGGAGUAAACCUACUAAAAGACUACAAAUGCACAGUACCCACUGAGCAACAGACGGCUAUUAGACGUCUAGUUUUCUUUUUUAGAUCUAGUUUUAACUGUUUAGAUUCUGUAUAUUUUUAGACCGUAUUGAGACGUUGCACUUUAACCCAAUAUUCGAUAACUAUUUAUUUAAAAAAGCAACUGGGAGUUACAGAACUGAUCUCCAAGUACUUAACCAAAAUAAUUAUGAUAGCCAUUGAGCAAUAUACAGUGUAGUAUAGAUAUAGCCAGCUAGUCCAAACUUGGUCUAAAUUUAGACAUCUAGAAAACAUUCAAUUUUAGACCUAACCCUAACCCUAACCCUCUAUUUAUAUAAUCCAAAAGAGAGUCACUUGGUUCAACUCUUUAUUGAUGCUGACACAUUUCUAGUAGUGGUGUCCCAAUACAAAGUUUUUACUUCUGAUAUGAUACCGAUAUUGUAGCCUUCAGUAUUGGCCGAUACCAAUAUUGAUCUGAUGUUAGCACAAACUUGUGCAUUACAAGUUUUGCACCAACCUGCAAUGUCUUUUUGGACUUUAACGAAAAAUACUGCCACAUGGCUGACAUCACUCCUACUUCUUGUUACUUUGUUAGUACCUUAGUACACACACAAUCACAUGGGCUCUGCAUGCUGGACCCGGGUGCUGAUAGACAGAGGGGCUAGAGCGAAGUCUGGAAUGGACUACUUGUAUUGGGGUGAUGAUAUUGAAGAUUCAAGAUGCAGGUUGAUAUAAUCUGGUAUUCAUUUUUUUUCUGAUAUCAGACUUAUAUCCGGUAUCAAUAUCAGAUCGGGACAUCUUUAAUUUCUGGGAACUAAACCGGACCAGCAACAUUACAACAACAUCAAGUGACUCUCAAAGACUGCAAGAAAUUUAUAGUGGAAACAUGUUAGGGUAAAAAAUAAUAAUAAAAAAACUGGUCUAGUUGCAAGAAAUAGUUAGUUGGAGUCCAUAUGGUUAGUUAUAGUAAGAGAAAUGGACCUUGAAUGCAGGGGGGAUUAGAGUUGCCAAGUGGGCUUUAAUAUUGUUCUAAAAGGAUGGAACAACCUGACGUCAUAUCCAGGUCAGGGCUUGCAAAUCUUGUAAAGUGGGCUGCUCAGAGAAGCUGGAAAACAAGUAUGAGGAUUACGCCAGGAUUGUCAUAAGCUACUUCAUGUUUGAGUUUCAUCAUUGUUUUUGAUACAACAGGGAUGUGAACUCACCGGGAUAACUCAGCACUGACAAAUAUUUUGACAAAUAUUAAAAAGUACUUGUUUAAACACAACCUUAAACUUUUUAAAUGUAGACUUUACAACACUGCUGUAAUGAUGAUUUCAAGGGGGAAGAACAACACAUGACAAGCAGUUACAAAGCCUUUUCAACCUGCUCUCCAUUUUUUUUUUUUUUUUUAAUAAAACAAUAAAACAGGAAAGCAUCCCCAUUCCUCUCUCAAGGUCGUCUUAUUUGCAGAAAAGAGAGAUGAAAAACAGAGCGGGCGCUGGCCACACUGAUAGUGCAAUCCCUCUGAAUUUGCAAGCAUGGAUGACGGCCAGUGUUUGCACGGCAGAAGUGAGACAUGCGAGUUUAAGUGAUGAAUGAGUGUGAGGCCCCCGAGGAACCAAGAAAGCAGGAGCACUUAGCUUCUGUCAGAGCUGCACCACUGAGCCUCCUGCAGGGCAGUUCACCUCCCUGUGAGGAAGUCGUCUGUGUUUUAGUUGUGUGUGUUUCUGUGCAUGUGUGUUCCAACCCUCAGAGGUAAAAAGAGGGUCCCCAAGAGUUCGUUCUGCACUUUGAAUGAACUGAACUCAAGCUUAUUAACCACAGAAAAUUACAUGUAAUGAGUUAUUAGUUCACAGAGGUGUUUAUGGUAAUAUGUCUCUGUUCCUGCAGGGUGAAGGCUCCAACUUCCUCCAGCUGGGCUCCUCCAUCGAGCAGCAGAUCAACGGCAUGUUCAAGGUGAUGGAGGAGUACAACUGGGACAGCUUUGUAGUCAUAACCAGCCUCUACCCGGGCUACGAAACCUACGUGGAUUACAUUAAAUCCUUUACAGACACUAGCUACUUCAUGUGGGAGCUGCAGGACAUCCUGACCUUUGACAUGUCUGCUGACGGCAUGAACGACAUCAGAGCGCGGAGGCUACUGCAGCAGAUCGACGCCCAGGUGCUCUUAGUCUACUGCUCCCACGAAGAGGCUCAGUACCUCUUCAGCAUGGCGACUGAAGCCGGAUUAGUAGGGCCGGGUUACAUCUGGAUUAUCCCCAGUUUGGCAGUGGGGAACCCUGACAUCCCUCCGCCUGACAGCUUCCCUGUGGGGCUGAUCAGCAUCAUCACAGACCGCUGGAGGAUGAGUCUGAGGAAGAGGGUGAGGGAUGGGGUGGCCAUCGUGGUGAAAGGUGUGCAGAGUUUCAGGAAACAGAGAGGUUUUGUUCCUGAGGGCCACAGUGACUGUCACAACCCCGUCAAACCCACCAACUCCAACGACACUCUGUUCAGGUAAGAGACGUUUAAGGUUUUAUACCCUCACAGACCUGGGCUUUCUUCUUAAAUAAAACUAUCAACAGCUAUAACCUCAAUCUUGCUUACAUUUCUACUGCAAGUUAAUAAACAGAAUAAUGGCCUUGUAACGCCAUGCUUGUUUUCACAUGAUGCUUUUAUUCUGGAGUCAUGUCCUGGACAAUUAUUUUAUUGAAGAAGUAACAGUAAGACUUAAUAUAAACCCACCUUAUGAUGCAACUUAAGCACAUUGAUAAAGCCUAAACAAUCAUAACAGCCUAUAGUAAUAUUUAGUGUUAUAAGCAGUGAGCAUCAUGCCCUUCAGGGCUGCUUUUCUAGCAAACACCAAGUUAAAAUAUAAUGUUGUUGAUUUUGCUCAUCUUGUCUUUGUAAAUGCUUUUUCAGCAAAUGAGCUCGUUCCUAUUUAACAUGCAAAAGCACAAGCAGAGGCAUAAAACAGCUACUGAGUUAUUCUCUAGUCAAGGACUGUGCUCACAUUUAGAAAAAUGGCCUUUAGGGACCUAAAAAGACAAGGAGACUGCUUAUAACAAGAGUGAGUUACAGGGCGAUGGCUCACCCCAUGGGGAAAAAGCUGCAGAGGCUUAAUGCUAAUGAUGCAGAUGGUAGGGGAAAAAAAACUGAAGAAGGACCCUGUAAGUCUUUCUUAUGUAUAGAUAAUGGUGUCUCAUUAGUUUUGUUUAAGUACAUACAGAGGAUAAUGUGUAGCUUGAAUUAAGACUCCAGAGAAUUAAAAAAAACUCACCCUGACUACAGCUUAGCAAGAUGAGCCGAAUCCAACAAAAGGACGAACACUAUAGGAAUGACACAUAUUACAGUUUUUGUUCUAUAAACGACCAAGUCCUCUUACAUAUACAAGAAUAUAGCUAUAUGUAAUCGUUUGGCACAAAUGGACCAAAUCAGAGUAUGUCUGCUCAAAGGACAAAGGAGUAAAAAUAUGUUAUGUAAACAUGUUGACUGGAAGAUUCUGAUCCAAUUCGGCUCAAUUGGAAAGAAAUUGUAUUCUGAUCAAGAGGGGUGGUUUCUGCCGAUUGUUAUUCCGAAACACAUCCAUGUAAACACUUAUUCCGACUGGAGUCUGUUGGGGCAAAACUAACCUGACUUAACGUGGCGCAUUUCUGCUGUUAGUGACAAGACCUAAAAAGGGCAGUAGCCAAGAGCAACUGGUUUGUGUCUAAUACAACUUCCUUGCUGGAUACAUUCUCCUCUUGUAAGACAGGAUCAGUAUGUGCUGCUGGGCCCGCUUGAUCAUGUAUGCUAGCAAUACAACCACUCUCAGAACCUGGCUCAGGUCCAUUCUGAGUAGAGGGAAAAAUCCUGAAUCGAAUGAAGUGAGCCACUACCGCGUUUGUUGAUUCGUUGACAGCACAGGCGUAGAUACAACUCUUCUUCUGCAGCUGUUUUAGCGAAAUCAGACAACUCUGCGCAUGUCCAAAUGUUUCUAAUCCAAAUAAAGCUUGGUUCAUGUACACUCACGUCAUGAUUGCAUUAUUUGAUUUUGCGUCCAUAUAAACAGUAUAUUCAGAUUUUACGAUCCCUCAAAUUUCAAUCAGAUCAAGAAAUUUUGCACAUGUCAACGUGGCUAAUGUGCUCAUCGCUUGUGGUGUCCUUUUCACGACUAACAGGAGCUUCUUGAUAUAAAGGCUGACACUCUGUAUUCCCAACUUUGCUUUCCAACCUUCAUCUAGCAAAGUUCAAUUGCAGCAUACGUCAACCUUUGCUUUGUGGAGAUAGUUAUGACUGGAGUUGCACAAAAAUGUUCGACAUUAAGGUGUCAGGAACAGUCAUAACAGAUUGUUCCAAGUAUUGAGUAACCGAUGUUAUUGCUUUUUCUGCAGGGGAAAAGUCUUUUUAUUGUUUCAGUAAAGAUGUAUUCUUCUGCAAAGCCUGCUCAUGUUUUGAAAAGGCAGGUAUCAAAACAGGAACAACUGUUGUCUCUAAUGACUGAUAAAUCCCACCGAUAACAGUAAAGGUUUCACUUUCUGUCCAAAAGAGGUUAACGGUCAUUUAUUUAUUCAUGACUUCCCAUCUGUUGGGUGUUUUGAAAAGCAUUUUAUGGCAAAAACUGUGUCCUCUGCUAGCUGCCAUCGAUCUCCCACUCUGCUCUGCACUUAAUCUCCUGCAGACUGUCAGUAAACGAGUGUGAGGGUGGGACUCCUCUGAUUCAGAGCAUGCCCAAAAGAGCAAUCAGUGUCACAUGGCAUGUGAGCAAAUCAUUUUUUUCUUUUCAAACAGCAAAGAGAAAAGCCAGAAUGAAAGUGCUCCAGAUUUAGGUUAUGGCCCACAUGAAGGAAGGUCACUAAGGGAGACUGGAAGUGUUGUGAGCAGAUAUGGGAAUGUGUAAUAGAGGACAGAGUGAAAACAGGAUAAAGAGCUGGCAGUGUAUGAAAGAAACUGACCACAUUUUUUUAUUUCAUGCAAGUGAUCAAGCUAGAAUCCAGAAUACCCUUUACAACAAGCCAUGAGACAUUGUUCUGCCUGAACAAGUCACAAAUUUCACUCACAGGUAAAAUGUCCCUCAGCACCAGAAGAGGUUCUUGAGUUGGUUUAAAGCAGACACUCACACUUGUGCACCAACAGCUUUGCCCAAGUUAUCACUGUGGGGAUACUGUUGCGCUGCUUCUGCAAGCACAUUGGGACUUCGAGAGGGUUGCAGUGGGGGCCAGUUGACAAGGAUUUUGAUAUCAGUACACUACUUGACAUUGAUGUAAAGACUAACUCCGAAUUUCCACCGCAUCCAGAACAGCUCUGAUACGGAACAGUGGUGAUUUUCGCUGUCUGCCAAUUCCUACCAGAUCCGUUUGUGAGGUGAAUUUCAUGGCGGAUUCGUGGCGCGAGAACUCACAAGAACCUGCAGAUUCACGUGCAAUCGCGCAAUAACGAAUCGUCAUUUAAAAGACAGCCACAUAACCAUAUAAGCAGUCGAUUGUGUCCUUAGAGGAGGAAAUCCACUUCUAGACUUUUAGAAUCAGCAUCUCCUCAUCCAUGGUGUCAUCGGGUGAAAUGCUGUCUAAAAACCUUCCACUUGUUUGUCCCCGCCUGUUUGCAUAGUGUGAAAUACGAUCCGCCUGAAACACGUAGUGUUUUAUUUUGAAAAGAAGCUGGAUGCUUUAUUUUGUGUCUAUGCCAACUUCCUUUCCAGCACAAUUUAAUCUGAGCUGAAUUUAUCCGGCAUGCUCCAGCAUUCGGAAAAAAUAGAACUCCUGCGAUCAGCUGCGCAGUCCGGCGAUCUGCAGCGAAACCGAAAGAACCCGAUGGAAAUUGACACAUUAACUUGGAUGGUUACGAUCAGCUUCAAUCGGCGGUGGAAAUUGGGGGUAAUGCUGAUUGACCACUUCUGUGAAGCUGUCCAGACUGGCCCUGGGGUCUGCGGCUGACCUCACCAUCAUGGCUUGGGCAGGGUGAUGAUUCAGGUAUUUUUGAAGGCCUUUGUCGGAUGGCCACUGGGCAUGUAAGAAGUCCAUUUUGUUGCAGAGAGAACCUACAUUUGACCGUUUAGGGAAGAAGUGGUCUAAAGGGAGGUUCCCUUAUUCUGCUGCAGAUUCCCCCCCAUCUACCCCUUUCCCCCAGCCAAAGAUCUGGUGGUAGGCACACUGCAGGCUUGGUGGGAGUUCUGGAGUGAGUAAUCUGUUGCCAGUGAUCAGCUACGCUCCAAAGCCAUUGUAGCUUGAAUCUUGUAGGACUGAAUAGAAUGCACCAGUAUGCUGCAGCCAGUCAGGAUGAGCUUCAAAUGUUUUUGCUUCUCUUUUGAGAAGCUGCCAUGUCACCAAUCUAUGGACAAAGCAUUAUCAGAUAUUUUUCUUGACAAGCGAUUCUUCUUUUGCACCCUCCAAAGCUGUGGGAGGGACAACUUUUCCUUUCUGUGAGCCCAAAAUGUUUCAUGAAAAAGGAAGGACUUGAGACAUUAUCUCUGCCUUUGAUACAGUAAAACCUCCUCCUUUUAGACUUUUUAAACCCAGCAGGCAUGAUUUAAGCAGAAGCCGCUCUUUUUUCAGCACAAUGAAGGUCAGCCUGAUAGAACAGAGCACUUCCAUUAACUUUAUAGUCGGCUAUCUCCUCUCUUUCUUCACUUCAAACAUUAACAUCCCCUUCCGUUCUCAGACUCGGCCGCUCUUGAUUGGAGAUCUUUUGAAACAAGCUUUGAUAAUGAGUCAGCUCACCUGUUAAUGGGAUUAUUGCAGAUUACCAGAUUAAAUAGGCUUUUCACACAGACGGAGCUGAAGGCUAUUCUCCUCCCAGCAGGCUUUCAUCACCUCGGUCGGUAUGACAGGCGAGGUGAGAGAGCAGCUCCACAGGUUUAAUAAAACAGGAUGUGAGGGAUGAAACGCUGAAAUCAAAGGAGGCGGAGAACUGUUCUCUGUCCCUAUUGUGUCAUUUCUUUGGAAACUGAUGGACGCAGCUGCUCUUUCUGUUCAAGGCGUUUGUGACAGUAUACGCUCAGUUCAAAAAAAGGCUUGGUGACCUGGUCAAAAACAUGCAGUGCUUUCCCACAAAAGGGGUCAGAAAUUUAAAGCUAUAGGAGUGUAACUAUAGACUGUAUAUACUAUGGACAACUUGGUUCUGCCUACUGCCAGUAUACGGAUUUGAAGCCAAAAAGCUCUCGGUAAUUCUGUGUUUUUCCUCCACUUCCUGAAACCAACAUUGUGCAGUAGCAUUGUACGCAUUUGGCGGGAGAGUCGCCGAGAGUCACUGUUAUGACGCUCGGCUCAAAACAGUGUAUCCCCCGGGUGAGCUAUGCAAUCUUGUACGUCCAUAGGCUAUAUCAAGUGCCAAUCAUAGAAAACAUGAACCCCCUAAUAACUUUUGAAAAUGGAGCUGUACAGAAAAAAGAGGACUUGAGCACAAACCAGUCUUACAAUAACUACGUGUCAACAUCGCAAGCGGGGGGGUUGCAACUCUUUCAGUAUCUCAGGAUUUUAAUUUGGUUCCUCAAGCUUCAAUUCCUGUAAAAGAUCUAUUUCUGUCUCUGUUUCUGUUACAAAGAGGUGCCUUUUCAGUUUGCUGUGAUUAUUAUAUGACACAACAGGAAAAUAUGGAAAAUACGAGAUUUGUUUUGUGCUAAGUUUGCAAAAAAAAAAAAAAGCUUUUCUAGAGCCUUAAAAUUUUCAGAGACUGGUAAAAAUACAAGAUGCAUGUUAAGAACAAGACAAUCAGAUUACACACUUUUAAAAAUAAAUGUUAUUGUAACCAAAGGUUUAGGCCAGCUGCCUCCGAUUCACUUAAAACAUUACUGUAUAUAUGUUUUUGACAUAAUAGUUUUUUUUUUCCAAUGAAUUUUAACCAAUAAAACAAUGAUGCUGAAAAACACUUUAAAUUUCUGUCUACAAAUUACUUGUAGUUUUUAUAUAAAUAUAUCAAAUCUACAAAGGAAUUUGUAGGGUUGGGUAUUUUGGCUUCAAAUUUGGACCAAGGAGGAGAUAGGUUAAGGUCGUCCAUCCAUAUAUUAGAGCCAAUGAUUUUAGCCAACACUGCAAAAACUACUUAAACUUUACCAGGUUAUUUUUUCCCAAACCACACUGAGGCAAAUCCUCAAUGUGAAAGACAAAAAACAGACCUUAAAAUACUUUAAACGCUUUAAAUUCACAGACAAACAUGCUGAAUGAGUGUGUUUUAAGGAGUGUUGAAAUAACAUGAUGCCUUUGUGAGCUGAAGUCAUUUUUACUCUUUGUCUUUUUUUCUCUUCAGGCACAUGUUGAAUGUCACCUGGGAACACAACGACUUCUCCUUCAACAGCAAUGGUUACCUGGUGAACCCAGCCAUGAUAAUCAUCACUCUGGACAGAGAGAGACAGUGGGAUAAGGUGAGUUUUCUAAAGGAGCGUGACAUUGUACUGUACUGUAAUGGCCAAAAAAACUAUUCAUGUGUAAUUAUUACUGGAUGCACAAGACCUUGAAUUUCUUGAUCCGAUAAGAAAAUAGAUGAGCUGUUCUGCAGUUUCUCCAAGUCUCUCAGGGACGUCUUUCUCUUCAUGCUAGCAGCAGAGUGAUUUCAUACAUCACUGAUCUCUUUGUAAAGACUGUAGUUGGAGGAGUCGGAGCUGCACUGAUACCAAUGAACCUCUUAAUGAAGGAUCAUCGUCUAAUCACACCCACAGCACUCCAGCAGACACUGUCACUCCUGCUGCUGUCUGCUCUUAAAAAUAAACCCAUGUACUCAGUUUUAUCAGGUAACUUUGCUGCAGCGAACUGCUUCACCAGUUCUGUCAGAGAUUGAAAAGAUAAUUGAUCCUCCAGGGAGCAGAUGUGAUAUGGACAUCAGACUAGAAGGGGGUUUAUUUGCUCCUCUGGAUCACGGAAAGAAGUUUAGCUGAACAUGACCAACUGCAGGCAUCUUAAAGCCAUCAUGUUGUAUUGAUGUUUUCAGGUGAACCAUCUUAUGGCGGCUCUGAGCUGAUGAAAGCCGUAAUGGUAAAAGAAGCAAAGUAAUUUGACCUCAUCUUGACCCAGUGAAAAAGUCAGUUGAACGAUCAUCCAUCACAGCUUCUGUUGUGGAAAAAGAAGAUGGUUUUUUGAUAUGCAUUUCUUUCUUUUCGCAUGUUAAAUCUUUUAUCUUUUUAAAAAAUAUUAAAAUUUAAAGCUCGUCUUAGAAGCUUUAAGAUGGUUGCAGGGAAGAUUUAAGUCAAUAAUGAUACAUUUCUAUGAGCUAUAAAAGCAAACAAAACCAUCUAGAUUCAAAGUUUCUGUGAAGUUAUUUCUGCUACAGAGAAGGAGCCAGGAGACUCUUAACCCUUUCAAGUUUGACCAAAAGUUAGGAUGUGUCAAAUUUCUAAUAUGGUGACAAAUUACUUCAUAGAGAUCAGGUUUGGGUUUUAUAUAGUCUGGUUAGAACCAAAGAUACAACCCUAGUUACAAAUAGCAUUGCCGCAACUUUUUCGGAAAUUUGGGUUGUACUUGAGAGACAGCGAUACGCAACAAAAUGCUACUUUUAAAAGGACUGGAUGUUGCAUUUCAGGUUGAUAAACUUAAUAUUUAGCAGGUUUUGCCUCUACAGGUGUACGUUUGACAAAAGAGGGAAAAUUAUUGAGAUUAGUGAUGGGAAUUCUGGCUCUUUUCAGGGAUCCAAAUCAUACAGCUCAACGCGCAGCGGGGAGCUGUCUCUUCUUACCAUUUUGGCUUUUAUUUAAAUGGCCACUUGUUGCAAUGUUUUGAUCUUUGAUUGAAAAAUACAAAUGUAUUUUAUAUAAACUAGAAUUUUUAUCGUGUGAUUUCCAGAAUUGAACUAUUUGGGUAAGAAAAAAAAACAUAAAAUCAUUCCAACAAGCACCAGUCCUCUGAGAACCAUCACCGCCCUCCCCCUGGAGUGUAAAGGAUUUAUAGAGGAUAAAAAAAGUACAUAAUAUUUAAUGAAUCUAUUAACAUACAUGUAACUGCAGGAACACUUAGCAGAAGAGGAAACUAAAACCUUUUUAUCUGAAUCAUCACAGAGUGGCAGUGUCUUACUUUUUUUUUCAGCAACACUUCUGGUCACCAAAGAAAAUGUUAGUUAUCUCAGUACACUCGUGCAGUGUGACAGAAGAAGAAGAAGCUGAGUCUAAAAAAACAUCCCUGAAGUGUUGCACAGUCACCUUUGAUGAUUAUGAAAUCACCACAGACUGCAUCAGACUGACAUUAAAUGUAAUUCAGUUACAGUGACAUGAAUUGAAUGAGUCACUGUCCAAAGAUGAGGUUUGCUCAAUAAGACUUGUAAAAGGUUGUGUCGCGUUCAAUCAGAAACACUUGGACACAGAUAAUAAACAUCACGGCUGAGAUGUGUCCUCUUAAUCCUCCACUGACUCCGGCACUCAUUUCCACCACACUGACCUUUAUUUAAACCUUUUGUGAACGAAAAAAGGAACACCUUUCCUGCCCCUCCAGAGCCCAACUUUGUGCUCAAUCCAGAAACAUUUCGAUACCUAUUCACAGCUUAACUCUCAUUCGCCUCUGGCGGCUUUUCUCUCAGAGCUGAAAAUCAAUUCAACCUUUUGAUUGCAUUUCUGCCAGACUUCUUAUUGUACACAAUACAGGGGAGCCCGUGUGUUACCUUCAUAUAUCACCUCCAUAUUACCAGUCUCAGCUCAACACUGCAUAGACUUGAUACCUGGCAUUAUACUCUGCAUCACCUUUUGUAUUAAAUAUUAACAGGGAAUUCCAGCUGUUAUAAACCUGGGCCUCAUUUUUAUACAUCACUGCAUCUGAAUAACUUGUGUCCAAAAGAGGUUUUUAAAAAAGCUCCAAAGAUUGUAGCUGGCAGCCUUAACUUUAUUAUCAAGUGAGUAAUUGGUACAAAUAUUUAGAAUUAAUACUGAUGUGUCUCUAUGUCUCUCUGAAAGGAAAAAAAAGACAAAGUCUUACAGGUCAAAUAGGAGAAUAACUAUUUCUUUAUAGUUAUUUCUAGUGUCUGAAAUAGCUGAUAGGGGGUAGGAAGCAGCCGAGGCCUUUAACUGCAAUCAGCUUAACAGGAGAGAAGGCAGGAUGAGAUUUUUCUUUUUUGUGCAGGACUAAAUCUGCUUUGUUAAUUGGGGCAUCAAAAUCAGCACAACACUCAUGUUUCUCACUGAAGCUUCAAGUUCCUAACAAGCAAACAAUAAGAGUUUUUUUUUCUUCUUUAUUCUUCCAAAUGUAUAUAGAGCCAAAAAUUUUCUGUGAUGGUUGGCUGGCUAGUUUUCCCACUGGCAUACAUAAUCCCACAACGCUCUACUACUAUGAUGUAAACAAGCACAGAUUACAGGUGGCCGGUGGAGUUUUUCAGUAUUAAUUCAUUUAGGGUCAAACACACCAAGUUAGAAAUCCCCUUGAGAGACUAAUGUUGCCAAUCACUUGCCUCUCUUGUUAUACCAACUUUAGUAACGACCGCACGAUAGCAAUACACAGCAGUCUGAGGAGCCAUAAACAAACCUCAACAAAAAAACUCCACUCUAUAGCCACAAAUAAUGUUCAGAACAGCACCUUACUUCAUCAACAGUACAUUUAGGGUCCCAGCCACUGCACUAGCCACCAAACAUCUUUUUUACUUUGCCUAAUUUCUUAAGCAAAGGGACUAAACACAACUCACCUACUCUCUUCCAGCAGCCGCCUGUUUGUAAUGAGACCUUACCAUAUUAAUUAUUUUGCACUGCAGACACUGUAAUUCUUCUGCCUUGGCGUCCCGGUCUGAUUGCAUUUCCAUGAAGAAAUGAUGUGUUAUGGUGUCUCGGUGUUAUGGUGUGUUUGACCCUAAAUUAAUUUUAAACCAGAAUAUCCCUUCAAUUUGAACCUGCAGGGAGGACUGGCGGUGCUUGCUCUGCUAAUGUUAGUCAAUCUUGGCAAACCAAUUUGACGCCAUUUAACAACAUAGUCUGUGAUCCAAUGAUCAGCUAUUAAAUAAAUUAAAUGCAUGAUGUAACUGAGAUAUAUUCAACAAUUUAAUGGAGGCUGCAAGAAUUUGUGAAACACUUGUUUUAGUUUCAUUUCAUCUUUUUUUCAACAGUAAAAGUUUGACUUUCAGCUCUUGAUCAUUGUUUUCUUCAUGGAUCAAAAAGUAAAAGUUUACUCAACCCUGAGUAGAAAUGCCUUUUUUUGGUUAGAAAUCUUGUUUGUUAUAUCGUCAAACUUCAAUACCAAUAACCUGAACCUGGCACUGGCAAAAGCAAAACUUUGAAUGUGCUAAGAUCAGACGCGUUUGCCAUUUCACUGCAGACUUUCCUCCUGGUAAACAUUUGCAAUCCUAAAACUUUUCAAACCCAUCCUUUGCAGAACAAAACAGGUAGAUAUAAGUCCCACAUUCAGAAAUACACAUAUCCACUCUUAGAAAUCACUGCGGUGCUCUUAUCAAAUGCAGCUCUCGUGAUGUGAUACUUCCAAAGAGAUACUGUUCAACAGCCUCUAUGACCAGCCUCCAGAUUUUAAAGUCAAAGUAACUCAAAAAGAUUGAGUAAGAGGAUGACAAAAGAGAGCGGUGACAGAGAGAAGGAGCCCCAGAGGAUGAUGGGAAGUGUUCCUUGUUGCUGCUCUUAUCAGGUGCGGUGAUAUAUGAAAGUGAGAAGCUGCUGCACUCAGGCUGUAUAUCUGUGAAAUAUUAUAGCCUCAGCGCCUGGUUUGUAAACAAGGAAUAAAAUCUAAUUUAAGCUUUUUUUCCUAAUGGAGUUUUUUAAUCUACACUCAAUGCAGCUAGAGUGACAGUUAUUGUUCAUCACAUAAAACGAGCCGGUGAUUGUGGACGUCUCAAAGCAGCAUUUUAGGAAGCUCAACAAUAAUGUUUCCUCAUGGUAUCUAUUUUUAAUUUAAUGCUCUGGGAAGCAAACAUUUUCCUCUCUGAAUGGAUGAUAAAAAAAUCUCCAUAGCUGAGAAAACCAACAGGGACGUGAUGUUUCACAUCUCAUAGUGUUUUCUUACUGAAAUGUGAAAUUCUGAUUGACUGGGAUAAAAGCCCAUGAGUGCAGUGAUGGAUAAACAGCAGGACCAAUCAAUAUGAUGGACAGGAGAGAGGAACAACUAAAACGUCAGUGGAGGAUUGUGAUGUUUGCCCUUUCUCCCCUACACGCUCCAUGUUUUUACUUAUUGUGAUGAUCCUGACAGGAUGAUGUGAUCUGACAGAGCAAAGAUUAUGAAGGUGAAGCAUCCUUUUGUCCAAAAUUGUACUAUUUUACUUUGUAAUCCAAGGGGAGCAAGGGGAAGUUAGGAAUUAGGAUAUAAGAAAUACAGCCUUUACUUUACAUGUUAGUCAUCUUAUAUGUGAGAAAUAAGUACUUUCUGUGAGUUACAGAGUAUUCCCUGGAAAAGCCACUGCAAAUCUGCAAAUUACUGUUCAUAUUGUUGUCACUUAAUGCACCAUUUCUUAUGACAUCGUAAUAUGUUAUACUGGAGUUUGACCAGUAAGAGUUUUCAGAGGCCAAUACCACUACUGAUUAUCAGAGAGCAGGUCAGGAUGAGAAGGGUGUUGUAUCAUUUAGAAAAGAUGACGAUUAUUGAUAAGACGUCUCAUCAUAUACGGAUUAUGUCAAAAUGCCAAUAACCGGCCAUAUUGACUGGCCAACAGAUUAAUCAGUCUAUCCCAAUAUAAAACUGUAUCAAACUUAGUCACAUUGUACCAAAUUGUAUUGUAUUGUAUCAAAUUGUAUUGUGUUGUACUGUAUCUAAUACUAUAAUUCCCUAUCAGACUGUACAGAAUCAUAUUGUAUCUUAUUGUAACUUUUAUCUUAUUUUAUGAUGUUGUUUUGUAUCUUAUCCUACUGUAUAUCACUUUGUAGUGAAUAUCUCAUACUUCACUGUCUCAUGUAUUAUUGCAUCAGAUUGAACUGUAUCCUGACAUUUCAUAUUCUAUAGUAUCUCUUGGUAUCAAAUCAUAUUGAAACAAACAAGUUCACAUUAAAAAUUCAUUAGUUAAAACUGUGAUCUACACUCACCGGCCACUUUAUUAGGUACACCUGUCCAACUGCUCGUUAACACUUAAUUUCUAAUCAGCCAAUCACAUGGCGGCAACUUAGUGCAUUUAGGCAUGUAGACAUGGUCAAGACAAUCUCUGCAGUUCAAACCGAGCAUCAGUAUGGGGAAGAAAGGUGAUUUGAGUGACUUUGAACAUGGCAUGGUUGUUGGUGCCAGAAGGGCUGGUCUGAGUAUUUCAGAAACUGCUGAUCUACUGGGAUUUUCACGCACAACCAUCUCUAGGGUUUACAGAGAAUGGUCCGAAAAAGAAAAAAUAUCCAGUGAGCGGCAGUUCUGUGGGCGGAAAUGCCUUGUUGAUGCCAGAGGUCAGAGGAGAAUGGCCAGACUGGUUCGAGCUGAUAGAAAGGCAACAGUGACUCAAAUAACCACCCGUUACAACCAAGGUAGGCAGAAGAGCAUCUCUGAACGCACAGUACGUCGAACUUUGAGGCAGAUGGGCUACAGCAGCAGAAGACCACACCGGGUGCCACUCCUUUCAGCUAAGAACAGGAAACUGAGGCUACAAUUUGCACAAGCUCAUCGAAAUUGGACAAUAGAAGAUUGGAAAAACGUUGCCUGGUCUGAUGAGUCUCGAUUUCUGCUGCGACAUUCGGAUGGUAGGGUCAGAAUUUGGCGUCAACAACAUGAAAGCAUGGAUCCAUCCUGCCUUGUAUCAACGGUUCAGGCUGGUGGUGGUGGUGUCAUGGUGUGGGGAAUAUUUUCUUGGCACUCUUUGGGCCCCUUGGUACCAAUUGAGCAUCGUUGCAACGCCACAGCCUACCUGAGUAUUGUUGCUGACCAUGUCCAUCCCUUUGUGACCACAAUGUACCCAACUUCUGAUGGCUACUUUCAGCAGGAUAAUGCGCCAUGUCAUAAAGCUGGAAUCAUCUCAGACUGGUUUCUUGAACAUGACAAUGAGUUCACUGUACUCAAAUGGCCUCCACAGUCACCAGAUCUCAAUCCAAUAGAGCAUCUUUGGGAUGUGGUGGAACGGGAGAUUCGCAUCAUGGAUGUGCAGCCGACAAAUCUGCGGCAACUGUGUGAUGCCAUCAUGUCAAUAUGGACCAAGCUCUCUGAGGAAUGCUUCCAGCACCUUGUUGAAUCUAUGCCACGAAGAAUUGAGGCAGUUCUGAAGGCAAAAGGGGGUCCAACCCGUUACUAGCAUGGUGUACCUAAUAAAGUGGCCGGUGAGUGUAUGUUCAUGGUCCAAAAAAUGAACUAUCAUUUUGCUUUGACUGCACUAAGAUUAUCUUUUGGCAGAGCCUCUUAACUUCACUUACAAAUCUUCAAUUACUGAGAUUUCCUAAAAUAAACAGGUUAUCAACUUCUCCUAUUGAGUCAUGGACAGAUACAUUGUUUAGAAGACAGAAAAAAGUAAAAAAAUUUAAAGUAAAAAUUUCUUAAGACCCUCUGUAGAUUGUUCCCCUCAUUUGUAAGCCCCAAACUACGUUUUAAUCCAUUUGUAAUUUAGUCUUUGUAUUAUAGCAUCAACUAAUAGCACAACAUAUCGUUAGCAUUCACUGUUGGUGUUUUGGUAAUUGGUCCAGCUGGUCCUCCGUGACCUGCAUAACUUUAUUUCUCUCCCUGAUUUAAACAGCAGGAGUCACCAAGUCAAAUAUGCACAAUGUUCUACUUACCAGGUCACGGCUUCUUCAAAUAAGUGAGCUUGAAAUGUUUAAAUCAGGUCUUGAUUAUGCAUUCGGUUUGCUUGAACGCUCAUUUCCCCCACUACAUCCAAUUAAAAUAAGCUAACUGGUUAUAGGGGGGUGGAAUUGCUUUCAUUGCUUUAGAUGUGUAAUUGCACACUUGACAUCUCAAGUGACCCAAAAUCAAUUUCCUGUGAACUGUUGAUGAACUAAAGAGCUCCUUGCCGCAGAAGGUCCAGGUGCACCUCUCACAAAGAGGUGUGAUAACAGCAUAUGCAUUAAGAGGAUUGGAGGCAGCUGGAUUAAGAUUUGAGGUUGUGAUAGUUGGUGUUGUUGUCAGAGAUGAAUCAAGGCUGAUAUGUCUUGCCUUUAGUUCUGACUUACUAUGUCUGAGUAACCCUUUUAAAGAAUCAUUACUUUCCUGUAUUUUUGCUUCACACAUCAGUAUCAUACAUAAUGAUGACCAUCUGAAGUUUGGUGCAGAGAUUUUUCACUGUCUCAUGUUGCCUCUCCUCUGCUCUUACACACCUACAGGUGGGGAAUUACGAGUCAGGCAUCCUGCAGAUGAGAUACCCUGUGUGGCCUCGAUAUGGCACCUACCUAGAGCCGGUGUCAGAUUACAGGCAUCUUACGGUGGCCACGCUGGAGGAGAGGCCCUUUGUCAUUGUAGAGGCGGUGGACCCUGUGACUGGAACAUGUGUCAGCAACACUGUGCCCUGCAGAAGGCAGUCCAACAAGACAGAGGCGUAAGUGAUACUGAUGCUCAGAAACAGUCACACCCUGACUAAAACACCCAGAGGAAAACAAAUACAAUCAGAACCCAAAGACUCAGCCAUCACCAACCAGGUGAGACAGACAUAUGUCACAAUUUGAAGCCAAUACCUCCAAACUGGGGUAGGCCAAAGUUCAAGACUAUUUCAUGUUUUUCCCCUCUGAAUAAAGCCGAAAAAGACAGGAUUUCAGGAGCGAAACAACAUUCUGCUCUACAAGCCUCUCAGGUACAUAUAUUCAGUUAAAGGUGCAACAGCCUUGGUGGGUAUGCCCAGUGCUCUAAAUUGGCUAUAUUCACUCCCCUGUGUGUGCUGAACAAAAUUGGUUCAAAGCAGGUGUUUUUCUUUAAAGGCAUGUCAGUGCACCAGUUGUCAGUUAGCAUGUUGUCAGCUUGAUCAUGUCAGUCAAACCCAAUGUGAAUCAAUAUAAAACUUACAGCUAAAAUGCUAAUGAAGUCAGGUAUGUGUAAACACCUUGAACAUAUCUCCUACCACAGCAAGAAUAGCAGGUGAAUAAAUAAACUGGCUUUUUGAUGUGGUUUUUAUACCUGCUGAUAUUUACCAAAUUCCAUACUGGUAUCCCCUCUAGAUUUGCCUUCUUGUGUUGUUCAGUCAAUCUGUUGGGCUUGAUUAUAGCCUGCAGUGAAAAAGAACGUAUUGCUGUUACUUAAAUUACUGUGACUGAGUGGUUUUUUUUUUUUUUGUUAAUGCAAUUGUAUCUUAAGUAAUUUUUGAAAUUGGUCUUUUUUGUGGGAGUUAUUGUACUCCACUUCACUCUAAACACAGUAGUACCAAUUACUCAUACAUUCAUCUUGCUUUCAACCCUUUUUACUCCUCAUUAAAAGAAGGUACUGAGUACAUUUAAUACAUAAAUAACAAGUACAUUUUCAAGUACUUUUAAUUUUUACCAGGAAGAUUUGAAUGCUGAUAAUUCUUCAUGGUUCAACUGGUCAGAGUCGAAGGAUGACGUAGUAAUGACAUUUGUAUUGUAUAUCUUUAUACUAUUAAUGUUCAAUUUGCCAUUAUUACAAGGGUAGAACUGUCACAUUAGGAUCUGCCUAAUGUUUAUAUUUAAAAUGAAACCACAAAAAAUGAGAUGUGGCGCAUUUUAUGCCCCCCAAGGUAAGAUGUCAUUUAUUUCCUAUAAAUAAAAAGCACACUAAUUAAAACGAUUACCAGACAGUAAAGAAACCUGUCCCAUCAUGUCCUGGACCAAUAACUAUGAUCUUCUGAUAACCCACCAUAUGGCCCAAGCAUGAAGAUGGAUGAGCAGAGGGAGCCAAUACAUUACUGUGUUUAUGAAGAAGGCACCUCCCUUUAUUGGUGUUUUUUUCUAGUUAGGCUGAUAAACAACACCUCAGAGAGGCUAGGUAGUUAGCUCCUCCUUCUGCUACUGCAAUUAGAUAGGGUGCACAAAAACAUCAGAGGUGCUGGGCUGUAACCGGGUAUAUAACGGAGUUUCAUUUGUGUAGCAGUGAGCACGUAAACACUGAACAAGAGGGGACCUAAAAUAGAUCCCUGGGGGACCCCACUUUAGAGGGGAGAACAGAACUUCCAAAAGUUGCAUAAAGAGAUCUGUCUGACAGAUAGGAAAUGAACCAGACCAGCACUACAUCAGUAUACCUGACUUACCUACUGUAGAAAAAUUGUGCUUAUGCUAACCCAUUUAAUGUCUUAGCAGUCCCAUAAGCAUUCUUACAUAUUAACACACUCAGCUUAAUUGAUUUCGUAUCCAACCUCAGAGUGCCAUUAGGUGUGAGAUUAAGAGGCUCUUCCCCUGCCAUUAGCCCCAGCAUGGCUUCUUAUCACUCAAUGAGGUGAGAUACUCAUUAGACCGCUCGGCCAGAGUGCAAUAUCCCAGGGAUCACCUGUGACCCAAUCAGGAAAAUAUAUGUGCUGCAUGCUGAGGUAUCAAUUAGAUGGGGCGAUUAGGCCAUGUCAUCAAUCCUCAACACCUACAGACCGAUACUGGUGUUCAUUAGAGGAGGAGAGGAGCAGCGGCCAUUACCCAUUACUGACAAUAGUGUUAACAGGAUGAGAGGGACAGAAGAUGAAGAUCAUGUCCUCUCAGUGUCAUGAGGCUUUGAAGCGCUUUAUUACUCAUGCUAACUAAAUCAUCCUGCCAGAGCACAAGGUGUUCAAUCCCCUCUGAUGGAAACGGUGUAAAAAAUUUAAAGCAGAUCAGGUCAAUAGGAAGUUCAAUGAAGCAGUCUGCAUGCAGGUUACCUUAAUAUUGACCAGUGUACAAAGCACUUCAGGUUGAAGAAGUGCUUGCCAGCACACCCAGCAGUCAAAUUAAAGAUAAGCAUUUACAUAAAGUGAGAUAAGGACCACUUCUGUUAACUAAGCCUUUUAAUUAUUAAUCACUUGGGGUUUUUUUUGCAACUAAAUACUGUUUCUUAAUCUUGAAUAUAUCAGAAAUGGACUGGGGAGAUUCACACAGAGGGGUAAAUCGUAAGCAAUACAUCUAAAAUUGCUUCAUAUUCUCCCUAUUAUCUUCCUAAUCUUAAGGUUGAACUCACAAAAACAUUUCCACUUAAAUGAAGUGCAAACAUGCCCAUUGAAUUUUGCAGUUUGCUCUUGUUUUGCAUCAGUCGUGGAGAUGAGCUGUCAGCAUCACUACUCACUGCUGCACAGAAAUAAAUAAAGAAAACGCCACAGUUUACAUCCAGCUUACUUCUUGUAGACAGUUAGCUAAGAGCUGCUUAUAUGCAUUCAGAAAAAUCAUCAUAUGCAGGGGCUGAGCCACAACAACCCAAGACAGUGACAUCAACACAAUAUGACAGACUUAAUGUCGAGGUAAAUUACUUUUGUAGAAUAAUUGGCAUCAAAAAAUGUGAGCAUGACAUCCCUUCAUAAAUACUGUGGUGAAAUAAACACCAACCCUCAGCAGACUGCAAACACCUGUAGGUGUUAAUUUCAGUCUGCACCAAAGAUUUCACCCUCCUCAUAAACAGCCAGAAGCUGCUUGAAAAUCACAAAUAAAUCUGAUCCACAUCAGCGAGUCAUUGGUGAUGCAGGUUUGUCCAUUUCAAUCCCUCAACCUCCUUCAUUCCUGUAUAUUCAACCUGCUAGGAGGACCAUCUGUGUAGCUCCCUCAUUGGUCCACAGAGAGGUCUGACACCAAGCAGAGCUCAGACUAAAGCAGUUAACACCAGAAAUUUCCUUUGAGUCACACAUGUUUCUCCAGUGGAAUCAGAAACAUCCAGAGCGUCCUUAUUUGUUUUGUGUUGGGGGAAUACUCUUCUCCUUCAGAGCACAUUGGUGUAGAUCAAUUCAGAGGUGAUGCCCUGAUGAACGCUGGUAUUGACCCAGGGAGAUAAUGUCAUCGUAGAUUAGCUGCUUUCAAAGGAGGUUAGAUCAUAAGUAGAUUUAAUUAAAGCCAAGGCUGAAUGCAGCGAAAGAGGAGUUACGAUAAGCCUCGGAGCAACAGGAACAGAAAACAACAAAAAACUGUGCUAAGAAACUUCUAACUUUCAAGUUUUGAUGAAAUGCAGUAAGCCCUCCGAGCACACGCCAUAAGUUGUGACUGUGGUUUAGAGUGCGAGCAAAAAAAAGUCAGCAGGGUGUGAAUCUUGCUGAGCUUUAGGUUGCAGUAGGUUUGGUAGUUAAAGUUUAUUGCAGGCUGUUCUUGUUUGUUAUGAAAUGUGAAGUGGAUUUUGAAAACGUACCAGAGUUACAGCAGUUUACUCUUUUUGGAGACAUCACGGUUGAACACAAAUUUGCAGCACGGUCACAAAGAGAGAGAGAUCAAGGUCUUAUUGAUUUUUCCUCCAAAUUUGAUGAGGAUAUAAUGAAGUACUUAUAAAAUUACUUUUAAUACUUAGCAAAACUUCGAGUGUAAUACAUCAUUCACAUAAAGGCUUCUGAUCUGCAUUGGGUUGCACCACCUGUUAGUGUUAAAUCUAGCUGGUACAAGCGGUGUAAAGUCUUCCAUAACAUAUUGGUUGUUAUGGCACAUUGAUUUGAAAGAUGGGAUGAUAUGGAGGAUGAGAAAAAGCAGACAAAUUAACCAGCAGAAGUGUGUCAACAAUGUGUCCUCAGGGGUAUAUUACAUCCAUCAAAAAGUAUGAGGACUUCAAUCAGGAUCCUGCUGCCGUUUACCUCAAGCAGAAAUCUUACUCCUCACCUGUACAAUAAAAGAUUACUGAUAAAUUUGCCUAUUUUGAAGUUGAUUAUUUCAUUAUCAUUAUUUAACACCAUCACCUUAUCUUAGUGUUUUUUCACACACUGAACUCCUGAGAUGAGUCGUCCAGGAGGCAUUCCCGUCAAGUACACAAACUACCUCAACAGACUCCUUUUAAUGUGAAUGCCCAGUAGCUCUUCUCCAAGCUCUCUGCAGACACUCAUGGUGUCAAAUUCAUCAACUGACCUUACUCUCCAUAACACUCAGAAAGUGUUGUUUAUCAUGCAAAACCACCAAUGGUUAACAACUGAAGAAUGGUGCAAAGAUUUUCACGUAGCUAACACAUAAGUAUCAACAUGAACGGCCUUCCGAGUCUCUGCUGUUUGUCCAAAGUCCAGUCACUCACCUCCAGGUCGCUACAGUGUGUUUCAGCACCUUUAGAAAAGUGAUGAAGAUAUUAACAUUUUGGUCACAAUGAUCUUGAGUUAAAGUUUGUCAUCACCUCAGGGUAACACCAUUUAGAGAACCAACAUCAUAUCGUUAAGUUUUAUAGCACAAAUAUUUUUGCCUCGUCCUUAUUCUAAUGAAACCAUCCUCAACUUUAUUGUCUGAUCCUUCUGCUCUGAACAGAUGGGACAGUUUGUAUUUCACUGACUUUGAAUCUGUAGCUUGCAGAUGUGGUGAUGAAAUUACACAUUUUCUCUGGGUGUAAAGCUCACCUGGUGGAGCUUUACAGACUUUUAAACAGGUGAUGCAUCAUGCUGCAUGUCACCAUUCAAACAGCAGCUUUAAAACAUUAUGAGAAUAUCCGCUCUUGGAUAAAUAACAUAAACUAACAGUUGUGACUGUUCCCAAAGAGCCACUUUCAGUAAAAUACGGUCAUCUUGAAGCUCAGGCUCGAACCCUGGCAGCUGGUGAGACGGGGGAUUCUGGGACUGCUGUGUUUACUCCCGCUCUGCUGUGGCAGCCUCUUUUCCUCCAAAGUGUUCAUUUGUUUCAGCUUGUUGUGGUCGGGCUCGGUCUGCUCGUCUCAUUUCCUCUCAAUCCUGAUGUGAGGGUGCAGAGUCCAUUAGACUGAAGGUUUGGAGAAGGAGGGGGUUAGGGGUGAGGUGUCAUUAGUGCACUCUGCAUUGCGCCCAUGGCUCACUGGUUCACCUCCACAUCUCUUCGCACAGAUCACUUUGUAUGCUGUACUCGGAAGUCAGAAUUUCCGAGCGCCGAGUCAAAAAUGCAUCUGGAACACCCUCCUGAAGUCUGAUUUCUGACUCGUAAAGUCGGAUGAUCCUUGCCAACCCCGACUUGAUAUCAACGUCAUAAUCCAAGAUGGCAGCGCAGUGCAUCAACAGUAAAGAGUAACAGUGAAAGCUCUCGUAAUGUUUUAUAUAUUAGCACUUCUGUUUUGUUUUUGUGAGAUUAAAUAAGUGGUAUAUGUCUUACUGCCCAACAUCUAACUGUGAACACGGUGCUAUGGUGUUUGUAAGAGUAAAAUACUGUGUUAUGAGUUGUUUGCAACUGGUAAAGCUAACAGCAACUUACAACAACUGACAAUGGCCAACGACAGCUGACAAUUGUUAACAACAGCCAACAACGGAUAACAUUAGGCAUCCAUCUUGGUUUUCCGACUUGUUAACUGUAACAACUCAGGUGUGGUGUCAUUCCCAGCUCCGACACCCGACUUCCGAGGUAACUGGAACGCAGCAUUAGUUCUGGUUCUUCUGGAGGUGAAUGAACAUUCGGUUCCACAUUCACCUCCAGAACUUGUUUGUAUUUAAACAAAACCAGAAAAAAAGGUAGCGAUGAGUUUCUGCCGGAGCACUGUAUGAGUGCUUUACACUUCAACAUCUCUGACAACAACAGACAUGCUCUCUGAAUUAUCAUUUCAAGCUGCAGGAAGCUCUGAAGUUCAGGGGCUGUAUUAUCACAGUGCAAAGAGUUCAUCAUGGUCAGGGUAUGUUGCCCCAGAAGUCUUGCAGAAGUCUAAGAAAAUGCUCAAAAAUGUGACAUUAUCUGAGAUGUUUUAAGACAAAAGUUAUCCAUGCAUCUGUGCGUGAAUCCACUGACAUAUCUUCUCUCAUUACAUCGAGACUUGCGCUUGUAUUUGAUAAAGAUUAUGGAUGAUGUCUCUCAAUUUUGAGCCUGGCAGUCACCAGCUUGUUAGCACUCUGUCUCUCUCAUGCUCCUGAUUCAGUCCCUUGGCUUUUCAGACACACACUGAUACACCCACUGCUCUCUCCUCCUCAUCUUCUUCAUGCACUUCUCUCUCCACCUGUGGCUCUCUGAUUGUUUGUAUCGCUGUUACACCACUUCUUGAAGAUAUACGUAAAAUGAGUUAUUGAUAUUUUCAUUUGAACAUGUUGUUUCUGAGCUGAAGCACAGUCCAACUCCAUUUGCUGUAGCUCUUGCUAAUGAUGACUCCCAUAACGCUAUAAUGCUACGCCAACAAUUUGGACUGUUUUCAGAGGCUUUAGAAGAAUUAUCAACUGUUGUUAACUCGAACAAUUCAGAGUGAAACUACACAAUUCACACUCAGAGAGGGCCAAAACAAAAGAGUCACAAAACAGACCCGAGGCAUAGACAAUGCUUGUUUGAGACAGUGGAGAGCAGCCAAAUCAGCGGUCAGUUUGACCAUUUUUACGAUGUGUUGAGUGACAUUGGCAGAUGGAGCACACACUCACAAAACAAUCCAGACUCCUUUUGGCCCUUCUCCCCCUAAAUCAGCUCAGAGUAAAGGGUGUUUUACAAAGCACUAGUUUCUGACUGACAUCUUGGCUGUCAUCCCGUUAAUGUGAGACUGAAGGACAUUUUUAUCCCUGUGUUCUUGGAAAUCCUGCUGAUAAGUAAGGGGAAUUGAUUUCUACCCUUACGUCAGCUUCUUUGACGCCGUAUGCCGUGCCUCAGACCGUCAGCUAAGCUUGUGCUGCUGAGUACUCCGUCUGAAGAUCAGAGCUGUGUGGAAGCAGGCACGCGGAGUCUGUUAGUCAGGGUCAGUGGGGCAGUUUGGCAUGCAGUAGGUAUUACUCAGGCCAGUGUCCUAAUUAACACAGUUUAGCAUGCUGUAGUACACGCAAUAUCAAAGACAGCGGUUUGAAAGAUAAGCUGUCUUUGGAAGAGAGGGGGAUGUGAGGACACAGUGAGGACGGGACAGUCUCAUAAAGUACUUUAUUUGCGUAAUAUGCAGCAUUUUAAUGGCAUGAUCUGUGCAGAAAUGCAGCAGUAAUAGAUUUGUAGCAGCAAAUAAAUCAGUUUAAGAUGAGGCUGCUGCUGAGGGACCCUUUGCAGUGUUCAUGUGUGAAAAUGUAGUUUAUAUUUGCACAGGUCAUCACACAAUCCUGCUGAUAACGGAGUAAUUAUACGCCAUAACUCUGCAUUAACACUACAGGGACAUUUUGAAGCUAAUUUUCUUGUCAUUUGCAGAAAAUUUCUGAUUUGAUUUUCAAAUUUCAGGAUAAGAGAAAUCAUCCAAACAUUUAUGAUGCUUUCUGACUGAUUAACCAAGGAAUGAAAUCAUCAUAAACUGUGGAAUUCAUGUAGUAAUUGUGGCGAAUAAGAACAGACAUGUAAAUGUCCAAGAUCAAUCAAACAAAAAGCACUGUGAAGCAUACAUGCAUGUAUUUUUUUGCAGAUAUGUUAGGUCUUUUGAAAAUGUACAAGAAUCAGGUAAAAUAAGGUAAAAGGGUAAAGGAUGGUGCACUCAAAGCAAAAACAUGGACAUGCACUUUUAUCACUGCAAAAUUACCGCCUCCUUUAAAUGCAUUUCUGCUUUUUAAACAUAAGAAAAAGUUCAGACUGAGUUUCUAGCUCAGCAGAAAUGCUUAUGUACAAAUGUCGUCAAGUGCUCCUUUGCUUCUCAUCAGGUAACAUUCUAGUUUUGCAGUUUCAUUUAAGUUGCUCCACAUUAUCUAGCGCUGAGUUUCACUCUUGUCUGCCAUUGUUUGCUUGUGAUUAAUUUGUGUCGGAUUUGUUUUGGUGGGCCCAGCUGUCCGUCCAUCUGCCGAGGCCGUGACACAAUGUGCCAGCCUGCCGAGUAGCUCUUCUUCUACCUCCUGCAACACCCCCCUCCGCCAGCUCCCUAAUUUCCUGACAUCAGUGGCCCGGCUUUCAUGUCAAGGAGAUAUCUGCUCUGCUCCUGAUUUAAAAAAGCUACAUCACUGGUUUUCAAGUUUACCUCAGCUGUUCUAUCUUUGGAAAUGAGCAGUAAUGAUGAGCUCUAUUUGAAGUGAAUCAGCGGUGUGGUUCAGGCACAUACUUGUGUUUCAACAUUACUACACUUCUGUUAUAUUUGAUGUUAACUUUAGAUGGUGCAGCGCUGUUUAUAAGUGAUGGAAAGCUUAAACAUUUUAUGAGAAAAACCUAAGUUAUAUCAGCAUUAUACCUUGAAUAAAUGCUUACUGCUUGACUGCAUCAAGUGCAUUUCCCUUUUUUGCAGCUGUGCAGUGAACUUGUGGUACCCUUUUAUUUUUGGAGGAUGCACGGCUUUGUAAAGUAGCAUUGUCUUGUAAUCCCUUGUUGAACUGUUCAACUUCCCACUAAUCCCUGCUGACCCCACCAGAGAAAAAGUGCUCAUAAAAAGCUGUUUUUUCUUCACCUGAUUUGAAAAGUUUCAUUUCAUUUGCAAUUUAAACAAAAGAAGCUCUCAAAUAUAAGAUCUUUACGUUUACUGCCCCUAAAAUGUCUUUCUAUCGGAGUGUCCAUCUCUUUCUUUCCACUACAAGCUACAGAAUUAGCUGCCCAAGCUUUUAGGAGGUCAGGAGGCAACUGUUUUUUUUUUCUACUUUGCUUCAAACUCUCAGUGGUUUGCAGAAGCUCCUACCUCAUGCCUUCACAGUCUAAUUAUGUACUGUAUGUUCAUAUCUAUCUUCUGUUGAGUCAAAGCCAAACCGGUUUGAUUUCAUUGAUAAAGUCAACAAUGAAGAUUACUAGAGUGCACCUGAACUCCGUAAGAACCGCAAAUAUGCUGUGUGGGUUCUUAUUCAUUCAUAAUCCAAGUAUAUUUCAACUUUAUACAUCACAUGAAAGCAUUAAAAUGCCUUGGCCAGCAUUAAAAGCACUGAGGAGAUCUGCAAAGAUAUUAACCUGACAAACUGGUCAAUAUUCUGUAUCGUGUUAUUUUGAAGGAGAGCCCGGGUCAAAUUGGUAUUUCAAUAUAUUCAAUAUUAAUUACGGGGAAAUAUAAUAGGUGGUUUCUUCAAUUGGUAACAUAUAAUGAGAGUUUAAUAGCAUCAUCUAUAACAAUGAGAUCUCUGCAGCCUGAUCAACAAAACCUUCAGAUUAGAGAGUUUGACUUUCGAAGAGCCUUGAGGUAUAAAAUACUAAUGUUACAAGCGAUUUCAGAAUAAUCGUCACACGCCGUGUUUUGGUCUUCUUAUUUUUCAGUAUCGUGGGUCACACUGAGCCGUACACGAAACUGUGCUGUAAAGGCUUCUGCAUAGACAUCCUGAAGAAGUUAUCCCGAAACAUCAAGUUUUCCUACGACCUCUACCUGGUCACCAACGGCAAACACGGCAAGCUGGUGCGAGGGAUUUGGAACGGGAUGAUCGGAGAGGUAAGACCGACCAGCUGCUACUUCAUUUAUCAUCAUUUAGUAACGCAGUGACAGAAAAAAGAGUGGGAUUGUGCUGUAUGUUCUUUUGAGGUGUUUUUAAUGGAUUUCAAAUGUUCUCAGCAAAAAACCUACAAGAAGUAUCAACAUUUUUGGAGGAGAGCAUUGUAUUAGGGUUUGAUCCAUGGAUACAGUUGUAGAUCUGUCAAGAUGUUCCUCUCGCAUGAAGGUCAGAUCAAUCAUUUCUAAGAGAUUCUAGGUACUUGGGAAAGCUUAUAGAUGAUUUGCUUUGCAACACAGCUUCAUGAAGAUUAAGUUGAAAUGCUUGAGCCAGAUUGGGUGCGUACAGAUAUCCUUCAAACUGAUAAACACACCAACUUCAGAUGACUUGAUAUAACUGAGGAUUGUGUUCUGCCUACCAUUGCACUUCAUAUGGACUGUUUUUCUACAUAUAAUAAAGCCUGAUGAUACACUAUUCAUAGACUAACUAAAGACAGACGGUGGCCAUUUCAAAGGAAUCUGGCAGGGAGAACAGUAAAAAGAGGAGUUGGGAUGGAGGCGAGAUGCAAGGCCUACCUUGAGAUUAAAGAUCUAUAGAUCAACUCCUGCAUGUAAAUGUGCCCUUUAAUGAAUAAAAUUAAUGACUUUUAAUUUGGGUUAGAUAUAACAGUCGUGUAACAUGAACUUGUAAAAUUUACCAAUCUAGGUAGAACUGGUCAGGGAGCACCUGUUUUCAGAAAGUAAAAAUGUUGUUUUUGUCAGUUGUGUCUGGUGGGUUUAGAGAAUGACUGAACAGUCUUUUCUAGGCUUGGAUAAAAUCAAUUCACUCCUGCAGAAAAAAAGUAAUUCUGUUUCGGUUUCUGUUGAACAUGAACAGAUUUAGAAAUAAGAUAUUUAUGUGUCAAAAUGGAUGUUUUUUCUGUUCAUGCUAAAAAAAAUCAACAGACAGGCCGUUUGACUGCAAAUCUAAGACAGAAUCUGACUUAUUACUUUAACUUUUGACUCAACCUGUUUUGUUAUUAAAAACAUUCAAGAAAUAAAGCUCUAUCAAUCUCUUGGUUUUUUAUGGAAACAUAGUCUGACUUUGCUGCGAUGAUAAAUUAUAUUGAACAUUUUUUCUUCUUGAAUUAAAAAAAAAAUAGAUGAAAAGCAAUCUAAAGUCAUGAUUAAUGAGUACAUGAGCAGGUACCAAGGUCACCGUGGUGGGUGAGGGAGGGACUGUUGUACAAAAAAGGAGGAGUAGGUGUCCUUGUGAAUAAUCUCCACAGCCGCUUUCCCCCAGCCGGCCAUCCUCUUGAGGAAUUGGAGGAUACAACAUUAGUUGGCCUUUCUUAUUUUUCUUUUUUUUCCCCAAACCAGGAAGGCUGUUGUGCUCAAUGAGGCAUCAACCUCCAUAGGAGAGCUAAUGGCGUGCAUGAGGUAGAGUGUGCGGACUGUGAAUCUACCAGCUCUCCAUCAGUAUGAUGAACAGUGGAGUGGCACACAGAGCUGGAAAAAAGACAGAUGGGCUUGUUUAAACUGUACAGGUGGACCCUGAGAGAAUCCAACUCGGGUCUUACCAAUAUGGAGUUUGGACACCAAUGUCAUUUUAUGCAAAAGGCAACUUCUUGGGCAUGUAACCGAUUUCUUUGGCUUCAUGUGUUGCUAGUUUCAUCGGUAUCUGGAAGUUAGAGUGAGUCAGCAUUUCAAAAAAUGGUGAUCACAAUCUUUUGGCAUCAAACUGUCAAUACAGAAACCCAAAGGUGAGCCCUCUGAGACCAAAUCCAUUUAUACAAUCAAUGAAUUUUUGAGAAAAAUCUUCCUACUCUCCCUACUAAUGUGUCGUCUGUCAAUUUUACUGACAUUGCAAGUCAUGAUUGAAAGCUCACACACUGUUAUAAUACUCCAAUAGGGUGACAAUAUUCUUAAUCCCCCAAAAAGAGGACACUACUACGCGGAGCGAAAUCGCACACAAAAUUUUGAGGAGUUUUCGGGUCGGGUCGAGUGUUUUUUGCAUGCUUCUAGUCCACGAUACACAAACUAAAAACUUUCAUACAAAACUCUGAUCAUUUGAAGGAUUUUAUAAACUCCCCCCAGACAGGCCGGACAGCCCCCAAAAAGAGGACAUGUCCUGGUAAAAGAUGACAUAUGGUCACCCUACCUCCAACAACAUCCCAGUACAUCAUCUACAUGAUGCAAGUCCUGCAAACAAUGCAGAGGGUACUGAAAAGUUUCAGUCAGAGCAUCCAACAUCUGUAAUCUGUGUUUUUUCUGUCAACAGAAGCUUUCACAGAUGCUUUAUCACCUAGCAACAUUAGCAAAACAAACAUAUGGGUGUAUACUGUAUAUCUGUCAAGCUCCAGUGCAAGUGUUUCCAUAAACACGACACUCCACCUCAGCCCCAGUGACCUUAACUCCACAGCAUCUCGCUCCACUUCCUGCUAGUUAUAUUUGUCAGCAGACGUCUUAUGUAACAGGCAUUAUGCUAUAUUCUCCGAUACUAUGCCAAGGAUUAGAGGUGGAUUAGAUUGGCUUUACAAUACAUUGGUGAAAGCAAGAUAACACUGGGAUGGGCUUUUGUAUUGCGUCCAUCUGGAGGAAGCAGACAGUCGAUCACUUGAGGGACAGAGGCUGAGUUUGUUGACAUCACUGGGGGAUGAGAUUUAUGUCAGAGGUCAGCGGUUGACGACAAACACAACCGCACAAGGUCACUGGCAGAAGAACAUCCACCAUCCAUUAGCGUUUUAAUCUCAUAGAAAUCUCUCUGUCCUCUCGCCACAGGUGUUCUACAAGCGGGCAGACAUGGCCAUCGGCUCGCUGACCAUCAAUGAAGAGCGCUCAGAGAUUAUUGACUUCUCGGUGCCAUUCGUGGAGACGGGGAUCAGUGUGAUGGUGGCCAGGAGCAACGGGACGGUCUCACCAUCAGCCUUUUUAGGUGAGAAACACCUCUGCCUGCACGAAUACCUGAUAGUAUAGAUGUUAACACCUUUCAUUCGAAAAACUGCAUCAUUGGUGCAAAGUGGUGGGUGGCAAAGUGAUUGAGAUAGCAUAAAGUCAAGAGCAACGCUGAUUCUGGUUCUGUAAUUUUGGUUUUCAUACAUUGAUUUUAAAUUGACUAAUACUGAGGUAAAAAGUAAGAAUUUUGUAUUCCACUAAAUAUUAGUCUAUAUAGGAGAUAUAAUGUAAAACAAAUAUAUUUGCAUUUCACUGUUUUCCUUUCAUUCUUAAUAACUAGUAGCUCGUUUUUUUUUUUUUUUUUUUCGUUUUAGAGAUUAUGUUUAACAGUUUUUCAAUAUUUAAAAAUUUUGGUCACUCAAAAUCGCAGUGGCCAGGAUAAUAUGUCCAUCUUUACAUAUAAGGGUUUCAUAUAUCUUGUUUACUUGUUGUGGGUUUUUUAAUAGAAAGGUUGUGAAUUUUUCAGUGAUCUCUAAAUUAAUUUCUCCGGCCGGACUGUUUUUCUGUCAUUGUAGAGCCUUACAGUCCAGCUGUCUGGGUGAUGAUGUUCGUCAUGUGUCUGACCGUUGUGGCCAUCACCGUCUUCGUCUUUGAAUACUGCAGCCCUGUUGGCUACAACCGCAGCCUGGUCAGCGCCAAGGGUGAGUUUGCCGAUCCUCUUUUCAGAGCCAAAACAACAACAAAGAUCUAACAAGGCUCUAAAAAGGGAGCUUGCUUUUAAAUUAAUGUGCAGAUCCAGACCCAAUAUUAGAUUUACCAGUUUGCUUUGUCACCCGUUAAAGACUACUGUAUAUUUGCUCAGAUUAACUCAUUUUCUAAGCACACUGUACUUCACUGUUCUUCCACACAGAGGAGAGAAAAAGUGAAGUCUUUAGGUUUUCAGGGGUUUUUGGAGAACAGAAGAAAUCUGAGCCUAUUUACAGUGGUCACAUAUUGGAUCAAUGCCUAGAAAAUUGAGAUAGUGCCGUUUCAUCUCUGAGCUUUUGGCUCUAUAAAACUUCUUAUAAUGGAUGAAGACAGACCAAAGGGGCUGCACUCAUGGCUCUGCUCCAUAUCUUUGUUUUUAUGCACUUUAGAGUAAAUCACUUACAUGAUGUCAGAAUUAAAUCAAGGUCACACUGGACUUGUUCCUGUUGCAUAGAAAAGACUUUGACUUUUAUUCUUUGUGUUUCUUUUUCCUUUUUAUUUUUUAAGAAUAUUUCAGCGACUUCUUCCUGAGAUGAAUGUCAAACAAUCACCAGCCAGCUGCCUCACUGCUGGCAAGAUCAAUAAGUCAGUCUGCAAACUUACAGCACUGAGUUUCAUAUUAAAUGUGUCAGACUGAGUAUGAUAUAAAAUCAGACUGACACUGGCAUAUCCCAGAGUGCACUAAAAUACGACAUACAAAAAAAAAACAAAUCCACAGAUUCAUCUGCGUCUAUUUCUGUGCAAAACUGAAAAGAAUGUGUUUGGCACCAUUUUUGCAUGAAACUGAGGACAUAAGAAGAAUGAUGAUGCUGAUAGUCUUUCUUUAACAGUCCUGCAAUAUCUGCUAUAUCACUACAAUUACAUGUCCUGUUUUUUCUUUAAAAUGAUUCUAAUUACUCUGAUUAAAACAUUCAGCUUCAGUUUUUAUGAUGACAAUAGAUAAAGUGAUGUGACUGAGACAAACCUGUACAUUUAACAUACAUUUGCAGCUUUGUUCCACCAGUUUAGAAACUGUUCCUUCUGACUUUUUGACCCAUAUUACUAAACUAACUGGAUAUCUGCAAGUUUGAAUUUUUGGUGAAUAAAAGAGCUAAUUUUUGCCAUUCCUACAGCCUUUUUCUAAAAUUAACUCUUCCAAGGCCGAUCAUUUAUUCCACUUUAAAUUUGGUAAAUCACCAGAGGAGACUUUAAAAAAUGUGUAUUGUAUUGGCAUAGAGUUUAAAUUUCUUUAUUGAGGUGGUGGAUUUAAAAAUACACCAAAAGUGAAAAUAUGGAGCUAAUGUCUGCUUCUUUUGUUGUUCAGGAAUCAUAGUUGUUGUAAAGUGAUGAGCAUAUGUCCUCUUAAAAUGUCCAUGACUUCCUGUGGCUGAUACUGAGGUCCAUAGACAUAAAUAGUAGAUAUGACAUGUCCCUUUGAGCUGCAUGCCUACAUGGCAGCCAUCUUGGCGUGGGCAUUGUUCCCAUUUAAGGCAAUGCAUGCACAAUGAAAAAAAAAUUCAUAACUUGCUCUUUCUCAACCGAUUUCCAUGCAGUUUACUUUAUUGUCAUUGCCAAAACAUGUGCUACUAAUACAGAACAUUGACUUAAAAAUGUUUAAAAAAUCAAAUAUUCUGUAUUAAUUGCAUGUGUUCGCAUCCCACUGAGCAUUUCUCUAAAAGAGGUCUAAUAGAUGUCUAAAUGUAGCCUAGAUGGCUGGUCUAAAAUCAGGCUACCACAGGUCUAAAAAUGAAAGUUUUUUAGACAUCUUAAUUUAGACCCAGUUCAGACUAGCUGGCUAACAGAGCUAUAUCUGUAUAUUGCUCAAUGGCUAUCAUAAUUAUUUUGGUUGAGUACUUGGAGAUCAGUUAUGCAACUCACAGUUGCUUUUUGAAAUAAAUAAUUAUUGAAUAAAAGGGUUAAAGCGCAACGUCCAAAUUCCGUCUAAAAAUAUACAGAAUCAAGACGAUUGAAAUUAGGUCUAAAAAAAAACUAGACUUUUAAUAGCUGUCUAUUGCUCAGUGGGAUUGAAAAUAAAUCACAUGAAAAGUGGUUGAGAAAUGAACAAGAUAUGAUUUAUUGCCCAUGUACAACUAAUGCUUUUAAUGGGAAAGUUGCCCCCACUUAGCAGGCUGCUACAGCGCAGUCUUCUGUAUAUCUAUCUGUGCUGAGGCCUGUCUCCUCGUAGAUCCCGGAGGCCCCACCUUCACCAUUGGAAAGUCAGUGUGGCUGCUGUGGGGGAUUGUCUUCAACAACUCAGUCCCCAUUGAGAAUCCAAAGGGCACCACCAGUAAGAUCAUGGUCCUGGUGUGGGCGUUCUUCGCCGUCAUCUUCCUGGCUUCCUACACGGCCAACCUCGCAGCCUUCAUGAUCCAGGAGCAGUACAUCGACACUGUCUCUGGACUGAGUGACAAAAAGGUACAGAGCCCUGUCACUGUCAUUGACAGUCCUGCGUGUGUAGUUGGAGCGUGUUGUUAUGUUUGAUGUACAGCUUAGGAAAAACACAAAGUGGUUAUUUUUAGGGAUGUGUAAACAGCGUGUGGUCCAGCUAUGAAGGCAAACAUCCAGAAGAGACAAUGUCAGGGCUGUGACUUUUCACUCUCCACAAAAAGGGUUUAGAGACUAAGUGGUGAAAUUGAAUUACAUCCCCAGACUCUUUAGAUCGGGAUGUCUGUGAAAAGCUCAUGAAAUGUAAUACAUCAGUGGAUUUUCUGGGCACACAGUGAUUAUAAUUUCUGGUGUCAUCUUAUGCAUAUUUGUCUGGCCUGAGGAUCUGUUUUAUGGAGUAUUGACAAGGAAAUCCAUGUUAAACCGUCAGCACAAGAAAUGGUUUGUAGACUUUUUUGCUCACAGGCAUCUGAGGGGAUUAAAGAGGCAUUUGAGGAAAAGACCAAGCUGUCCAAUGCUCAUUACCAUUCUGGCAAAGUCAUUUACAACUCCGCUCUCAUUAUACAUUAAGUCUGCGAGGCAGGGGAAAGCAACAGAGCCGUUUGACAGCAAGUCCAUAGAUUAUUGAGGAGCUCUGUGAGGCGGUGUGGAGGGUUGAACUGCUGUUUGUCCAGCUGUGCAAAAGCCCACAGGUUAAGUAAAUGUAAAUCAGGAACAAGAUGAAGGUGCACAAAGUGACCUUGUAUCAGAAGAGGGGGCGAUGAAGACGAAAAAAGCGGCAGGAAGGACACGGCAUGACGUUAAGGUAGAUGAUUACCUUCACAACACUUAAGAGAAGUCCUUGUGAUGGGGUAACACAUCAUGUUAACUCUGUCAUAGACCAACCUCCUUUAAUUCAUUUUUGUCUAACACACUAUAAGACGGACCGGUCAGGUGUGUAUCAGCAGCAUCCAAUCAAGAUAUGAGGCGUAAUUUAAUCUCAAGGGCAGUAAGCACUGCACUUAUUAUAAAAAUGAGCACAUUAUUUGUUGGAUUAAAUGGUUAAAUCAGUUUUGUUUGUCAUUAUCCAAAGCAGAGACAUCUCUUAGUCUUGUACAUAACCUGUUCUCACGAGACUAAAGUAGAUGACUGUUGUUUGAGAGCUGUAAAACCUUUCAGGAGAAAGGUUAUGGCAAAUGCUCACCUUACAUUGUACUGAUAAUCAUCAGACAUGAAUGCAUCCUCUGUGAGUAUCUGUCAACUUUUCCUACUAUAGAAAGAGAAACAUUAUAGGACGAGCCUUUGUUUACAGACAACUUCCAGAGCAAUAAUGGAGUCAGAGUUGUGAGACGGCGCCUGAGAGUGGAAAGUUUGUUUCAUUUGCAUUCAGGUCUGAAGUUAUAGACAUUAACUGAAGCAUCUCCGUUAUGACUGCCAGAGGGUACAAGACUGCAUUAGUGGAUUGUGUUUCGCUCCUAUUGUUCCCCACAUGGAGUGUUCACUGUAUACAGACGAAGUCCACAGACGACUGAAAAGUUGUACUCAAACUGCAAACUGAACUAAGGUCUGGUCCUUAGGAUAUUAAUGCAUGCAGAGUCCUCAAACAGAGAGUCAAACACAAGAACACAACUGUACUAUGUGUGGGGGUAUUGUUUGUUGGAAUAACAAAAACAUUCCAAGUCUAUACUAUGUAGUGCUGGAUAGUACAACACAACAAGACAAAAGUAGCCAAUACAAAACUACACAACAUUUACAGUAUGAUAAUGAUGCUUUACAAUGUUUGUCUGUUAGCAACUUUACAGAGAAAGUAACAGACGGAUUGACCUGAAAUUUUCACCUGAGGUGCGUCUCAGCCCCAGGAGGAUCCCAUUAAAUUUUGGUGGUGAUCCGGACAAAAUUCUGGUUACUGUGAUCCAGAACACACAAAAAUAAGGGUGUUGUUGGAAUUUUCAAUGCUGAAAGAUAACCAAUGGGCAGCACAGUGGUGUAGAUUGGCGGCACAGUGGUGUAGUGGUUAGCACUGUCGCCUCACAACCAGAAGGUCCUGUGUUGAAUCCCGGUCAGGGCAUUUCUUGUUUUAGGAACAUUAUGAACAGUGAACAUACCAGUUUAAACACAAAUAAAAGUUAAUAAAAGACACGUAACAGUAAAAAUGUUGGUGUGAAUCACAAUAUAAGGGGGGAUAUGAGCUGCUUGGCGGAGGUCUGCGUGCUCCGAGUGCUUCUCUAGUUGGUAAUGUGAUACUUUUUUCAUAAGGACUGCCUAAAGUGAUAUAGUAACUGUUACUUUACACUAGAUAUUUUCAUACUGACUGCUUAAAAUGACACCAAAUGGACCAAACCUCUGAAAAAAAAAAAAAAAAAAGAUCCACAUUUCUCACCAUAAGCUGCUCCAAGUAAAUGGAAGUGAGAGAGCUUACAGUAGUGUUCAAUCAAACAGAGAUAAAGUAAAGAGACAGAACACCAGUAAAGACAAAAAUAUGGCAAAACUGCCUGGCUCUCCAAAGACCAAUAGGCACAUCCACAAACCGGCAGGAAGGCGCUGGAUUUAGUUUGUUUGCAGCUGAGGUUGCACAGUUUUCUGUCUUUAAUGUGUGUGUCUCUGCUUUACCCACCAUCACAACCACAAACCACUGAAUCUCCCGAUCACCGGUCAGUACACACUGAUGUUCAGACAGAGAGUAGAGGAGAGAGACAGAAAUAUACAUGAUGUCUGUAUGUUUCCUAUAUACUGCCUGACAGAGAGCUUCACAUCACUGGACAAUGACUGAGGCCUGAAAAAUGACUACAUUAAUACGAAAACACAAUUGUUUUACGGCAUUGCAACAACCAAAUACCCCACAUUAAUACAAAACACAAUCAAUAUUUUUACAAGAUACUUCACCCUGGUCUUUUGGGUAACAUCCAUCCCCACCUGAGGGGCAUUAUAUUAACCAGGAUAGUUAGUUUGAGCAUGUAAUAAUGGCACAGAUGGAUUUAAAUAGGAGUUAGAUUAAAGCUUAGUGUGUCUUAUGCAGAGGUCAUCUUUAUGAAGUGUCAAACUUUGAUGAUGUGGGGAUGAAAACAGGCCGGUUCUGAAUGUCUGUCUUCAACCCCCUAAGCAACAUUAAGACCAUGAAUAAUACAAGCCACUCGCAGUGUGCGCAGUGUAAGUUGCAAGGACGAGAAAAAAUAUCGAGGGAUUUCAUGUUUUUUCAAGAUCAGGUAUUUUGAUUUGUACCUUGGAUUUGUAUAUCUUGGAUGAGUUGUCUCCAUCUUUGAAUCCACCCAGAAUUGAAGGUUUAAAAAUGGAAGGCAUGUUAUACAGAGUGGUAAAGCCCUCAGGGGGAUACAGUCGUGAUUUGGGGUUCUACAUAUAAACUUGACCUUGUCAGACAGCUCAAGGUUUGCUAUCAGAUUGCAGCAGGGCUAUGCUCCAUUUUCAAAACGUCCUGACAUCAUAUUACCUAUUUUCUCAUGCAAAAAAAUUCCAGUACAAACUGUCCCUCAGCUAAUGUACUAAGAACAUAUUUGAAUAAGGUUAAUGAAAAAGUGCAAUAUUGUCGAUUGCAUUUCUGCCCCAUUCCACAUCUCGUCUUCACAGCUAAUUAAAGGUAUAUAGAGCUGCCAAGAGCAAAAAAGAUAAAAUGAGAAGUUCAUCUUUAACAGCAGACAAGAAAAGGAUAAAGGAAGUUUGGACGUCUUUGCAGACAGUGUCUGAUUGCUGGGUCUUUGAAUGCUUGGAUGUGUAAAUUAAGAGAUAAAGCGCCAGGAGGAUGAGAAGCACAAUAGCACUUAGACGUUGAGAAAAAAGCCAAGAAGGUGAAUGUCACUGCAAUAGCUUCCAAGACUUUUCUAUCAGUGAUGCAGCACUUUUUAAAGACAGAAAUAUGGGAUGUGGUAAAGUCACCAGACAACCUGUAACCCCCAAUAACUAAGCAUGGUAGUAGUAGGACUAUUAAACUGUCAAAAAACUGGAGUAGAAAAUCAAUAGUUUUGUUCUUUCUGCUCUUCUUGUCUCUUUUUAUCAAUUUACAACAAGUGUUUUUGCAGAACAAAAUAUUUCUAAUGUCGGUUCACCAAACAUCCACUACUGUUUUUGUCACUGACUCUUGUUCUAUCUCCCUUGACAGUUUCAAAAGCCGCAGGAGCAGUACCCUCCGUUCCGCUUUGGUACGGUCCCAAAUGGCAGCACAGAGCGUAACAUAAGGAGCAACUACCCCGAGAUGCACUCCCACAUGGUCAAAUACAACCAGAAGGGAGUGGAGGAUGCCCUGAACAGCCUCAAAACCGGGUAAGUGUCUGCCAAGUGUGGUAAAACAAACAUUUACAGCAGAAGAUGGAGCCAAAAAGAAGCCGAACAUGUUUUCUGACAGCCAAAACGUGUCUUUCUGUAAUCCUGUUAGGAAACUGGACGCCUUUAUCUAUGAUGCUGCUGUGCUAAAUUACAUGGCUGGCAAAGAUGAGGGCUGCAAGCUGGUGACCAUUGGCAGUGGGAAAGUGUUUGCUACCACUGGUUAUGGCAUCGCCCUGCAGAAGGAUUCACGCUGGAAACGGCCCAUUGACCUGGCUCUGCUUCAGUUCCUAGCUGAUGGUAAAUACUUAUACAGGAAGCUGAAAGUCACCGGAUAUUCAGCAGCUAUGCUUUAAAAACUGUGUUUGCAAGUUUUCAUAAACCUGAGAGGGAGUAAAUGGAAAUGAAGACACCUUUAUUGUUUCAUAAGAGCUCAUAAUAUUCUGUAAUGACACAAUAAAAGCUGCAAAAGUGACACAGGGAUGUAAAUAAGGUACAAAAUAUUAUUACAAUAAAAUUUAUGAGAGUGAGAAGCACAUCAUUUAUUCAUGUCAAUAAAAAUAACUUUCAAGAGGUGAUUUUAAAUGUGGCACUUAUUCUGCUUAACCAAGCUCCUCGGGGGGAAGAAUUCGAAGUCUGAGGCGAGAGUCGGAUCACCUUUGGCAGACGUAUGCAAGAGACAGAAAGAGGAAUAAAGCAGUACUGUGCGUCGAGUAUGAUUAGACUGGAAUGAUUAAAAAUAGCAGAAAUGUAUAAAACAAAACAAAAGUAUAACAGACAGGGUAUUUAAUAUUCAUGGAGCUCAUUUUUGGAGGAUAUCCAGAGGUUAAUACCUGAGCAGUUAAUUAGUUAUCUUUGUUGUGAGUGAGAAUAUAAUGAUGGUUUCCAGUUGUAGAAAUUAACAGUCUGUGUAAAGUCUCUGAUAACGCUUAUUCAACACUGAGAUCAGGUCUGCUGAGAUCUGAAGGGUCCGCAGGGUCAGAGGGAGUUAAACAGGAUUAGGAAAUAGAGAAAAACAACACAAUCUUUAGGAAUUAACCUCAAUCUAUUAUGCCAAUUACUUUUCCUAGAUAGAUUUUAAUAGCAAAACUAAUUACAGCCUUCAUUGUGUUAUUAUUCAGUGUAUUUUGGAUGAUAUCUUUAUUAUCCUAGCGAGGCAAAUCAUUUCAACUCUUUGCUUGAUCAAAGUGAAAGAAAAAGCAACCAAUUAAAUGAUGAAACUGAAAAAAUCUUGCUGAAUAAUGAAAAAUAUAUGCUCAUUAUAUAUAAACAGUUUUCCUCUUUGUCUCAGGCUAUCUCAAAAGGGCUCAGAAACAGAGAAAGUUUUUACAUGACUUCUGGAUUUUGUUUUGGAGAGUGAUUUUGAGCCCAUGCAGGGAUUUCCACUACAGAGUCCUGUCUGUAUUUAAUGCUGUACUGCCUGAGGGACUGAAUAUCAGGGCCAUUCAGUAUUGGUCCCUGUCUUUCUUUUACAGAGAUUUCUCUUAAAUUAAAUUGUGACAUGUAGACGAUGAAAUCCACUAAAUGUUUUACCCUGGGGAAAAUUAUUCUGUAAUUGUUGAACAAUUUGCUCACACAGUCUCUCACAGUAGGGCUGGGCGAUAAACUAAAAAUGUACCGUUACCGAAAUUUACGACAAUAACCGACAUCAUUUUGCCCAUGUCAAUAUAUCCAAUGUCAAAAUAAAAUAAAUAAAUAUAUACAAGUUGAAUUUGGCUAUGGUCUCAUAUCCGUUUAAGAUGCUGUCCUACGUCGGAGACAUAGAGGGAAGAGGGAAAGACAGGUGAGGAGAUGGAGGAUGGUUCAAAAGUUGUAGUAGACAAAGUUAAUGUGGGAGGGGGUGAGCAGCUUGUGGAGUAGUUGUCAUCCAUUUAUCGUUAUUGAGGUGAACUGCUCAAUGUAUCGUGAUAAUGAUUUGAAGCCAUAUCGCCCAGCCCUAUCUCACAGAGUGGUGAACCUCUUCCUAUCUUCCAGUUGUAGUUAGAAGAUGUUCCAGUAGCUGUUUUUAUUUAUCAUUACACAGCUUUUCAUCUAUUGGAACAAAUAAUUACGAAUUAAAAAUCUAAUAAGUGACAAGAAAGGAUUUGUAUUAACAAGAAAAAAAUAUUAAUCCGGGUAUUUGAGAGACACAAAAGAUUCCACGCAAAUGCGUUUCAUGAAGGGUGUGAUGGUGUUUCAUUACUCCCUUCAAAUCCCUCAAAAUAAAUGUGAUAUUAUGCAAAUGAGCCUUUAAUGUGCUGUGCUUACACACAGGCGACACACAGAAGCUGCAGACCGUCUGGCUCACAGGAAUCUGCCGUAAUGAGAAGAAAGAGGUGAUGAGCAGUAAGCUGGACAUCGACAACAUGGCGGGGGUCUUUUAUAUGCUGCUGGUAGCCAUGGGCCUGAGCCUGCUGGUUUUCGCCUGGGAACAUCUGCUCUACUGGAAACUUCGACAUUCAGUCCGAAAAUCUGACCGCCUGGAUUUCCUCCUGGCUAUCAGCAGAGUGAGUUUGAAACAGUGCAAACAGCAGUGAGCGGUUAAUGACAGUAUUGAUUUAUAUUUUCCAAAAAUAACAGCCCCGGCUCUCAAGUGUGCGUAUAAUCAAUGCAGUGGGAAGACUGAAUCUCCUUUCUUAAUGUAGUGAGUGGUGUUGAAGUUAUUGAAAUGCCAAACGUGUGAAGGACUCUUUCCAGACAGAAGUUGUGGUUUAAGUAAUUUGUUUCAGCCUUGCUUAGCUGACACCACUGCUGUUUGAGGAUAACUUUAAAUGAACUACGUUAAAUGACUACACACCCACAGUAGUUGAGGGGAAUUAACAAUAUUAAAAAUACGCAGGAAAAUAAAACAAGAUUAAAGCAAUAAAAGAACUACAGGGAUACCUGGUGAAACAGUCUGAUCCUUGAGAAAUUGAAUUUAAAUUGUCCUAUUAAAAAAAACCUUCAUCUGUCUGUCAUCGCUAGUCAGAGGUGAGUUUAAUAUUCCAAACAGAUCCACAAUUUAAAAGUAAAAUGAAGCUGCUGGGGGAAAAACUGAGAAACUAAUACAGUAAGUGCAUGAUCAGCAACUUGCUCAUUUAAAUGCCUGAGCUGUUUUUAAGAUGAAGCCGCCUGCAGACAGCGAUCAGAGACAACAAUAAAUCUCUCUCUGCAAUGGCAGGUUCUUAAACCGUUGUUUUUGACUCAUUUGCUCAGUAAGACAACACAAAUUCUGCAGAAAUUGACAGAAAUUAAUCACAAUGACUGAACAGAAGCAUGACUUGAGAAGUUAAGUAGAUUUUUCUGGUGUCCUGAUUUUACCCUUCUGUUUCUCUAGGGUAUCUAUAGCUGCUUCAAUGGGGUGGAGCAAACUGACCGAAAUGGUAGCAUGCAGAGUCCAGACGUCACGACUAACUACACACAAGCCAACAUGCUGAAGAUGCUGCAGACAGCCAAGGACAUGGUUUCCUCUGCCAGAGUGGAGAACUCUCUGGACAACGCCACCAAAACCAUAGAGAACUGGAGCAGGCGGGGAGCAGAAAAUGUGCGGGUGGGUUUGCCGCCAAGAGUGACCACUGAGAUGACCCACGGCCGUCUGCCCUACAUCUCCAGCAUCACUGACAACCACUCACCAUACCCUCAGAGAGCCCUCACACCCACUUUCCCCAUUCAUUACGCAGACAGUGUCACCCAGCCUCUCCUAGAAAAGCCCCGUGUGGUGACAAGACCUACCCCUCUCCGUUACACACUGCCCGCCCGUGGCAGUCAGCAUGUCUUAGAGAGGACUCUGCCCAUCUCCAGCCUCAGCAGCCCUCACAUCGCGAUGCGGGACACAUCCCCCUCCGGUACUCCCAACCCCCACCACAGCAGCAGGCUGUAUGUGGAGAGCCAGCCUCGGCACCCAACGUCCCCUUUCGUUCCCUAUCGGGAGUUCCAGGUUCCUGAUAUCUACGUGGAGCACAAAGGACCUCUAAGGAGAAAGUUUAGUUACCCCCCUGACUGCGUGAGCCGCAGAAGGAGGUCCCACAGUUACAUGUUUGAUGCUGCAGACCCCAGAGUGAGAGCAGACUAUGAUGAACCUCGAUCCUGCCUUGCUGAGCUGAGAGCCAAUCACCUCCUGAACAACCACGCCCCUGUUGCUGCUGCCAUGGCCUCCCCUUCAGGACACUACCCGGGUGCCAGCACCAGCUGCAACUCCUGCAUGAAGUCCUAUCUGGAGCCUGAGAUGGACGACAUCCCACUUCUGGGGAAGGACAAACUCAACCGCCGCGCCUCAUUCCUCAAAGCCACAUGGGGCAACGAUCGGAUCCAUCAGGUAGACGAAACAAAACCCAGCACGUCCACGGGUCAGCCCAACCGCUCAGACAUGCCUGACCUUUUCCCACGGGUUGUGGUAGCAAACCCCAAGCCUCACAAGCUCUACGGCAGUCUGGGCCACAAUCUGUCCUGCUACCCCUUGGCUGCUGAGCCCGCCUACUUGGACCCAGCCCACAUGGGCUCCUACCCCUACAAACAAAAGCUCAAGUACUCUGAGUCCACCCGGCUGCCCUCGUACAGGGAAGCCAUCCUGCAGAACGCCGCUGCCCUGCGCCGCUCCUCCUCCACUGUGGUGCACAGACACUACUCCACCUACCUGAACUCAUACACAGACUUACCUGUGUAUGUGGGGCCGCUGGCCCAGGGGCCGGCCCAGUACUAUGACGGCUCUAAGGACGUGUGCCACUUGUUUCCCUGCACAAGCCACUGCCCAGAUAACGCGGUGAUGCUGCCUCGAACAAGCGACAGGCAGGUGGUCUAUCACAACAACAUGUUUGGACCCUAUGAUGGCACAGGGAAGAGAGAGGAGCCGGGCUCUGGAGGCAGGGAGCGGAGGCAGGUGUUGGUGGCGCGCAGAGUCAACAGUCCCUAUGUGCCAAAACCCUGGGGCCGAGUAUCCAGCCUGGAGUCUGAGGUCUGAGCCCCCAUCCUUACUGGACCUCUGCUGGGCUCUCAAACAGAGCUCCUUCGAGAAGAGGCAUGCCUGGGGGACCCCUCCUCAGCCUCUGGUUCAAGCAAAAAGUAAACUCUACACCGACAGUGUAUUUGAGAGUGCUGACUCUCAAUUAUCAGUGCAAUAAUAUCUUGGGCAGCGAGAUGUAUAUGAGAAUAAACAGGAGGAGCAAAUUACUGCUGGGACUUUCUAAGCCAAACUUAAAGUAGUUAUAAAAGAAACGGAAAUGUUGAAAGUAUUUAAUAUAAGAAUUUAACCUGUUGAUUGUUAUUUAAAGGAUUUUUAAAUGCUGUGUUGCUAUAUGAAAGAAUUAUGGGAGACAAUAUACUGUAGCCUCUCAAUCUGAUUCAACUUGAGAUUUUUUUUCUCAUUACUCUCCAAAUCAUUUCAGCACCCGACAUGUCAGAAGAGAGAUAAAUUCAGAUUAUUUUCACUACCAAACAUUGACAUAUCUUAAGUAUCUUUUCUAGGUCUAUAACCUUGGGUGUGCAGAGAAGCAUCACAGCUUCCUGCUCCAUCGGUCUUAAAUGUAAUUUGAGUGGGAUCUUAUAAAGGGAAACUAUAGAAAGUAUCAUAUGUAUUUCCAUUGUUACAGUACCCUUUAAUAAAGAAUAAGGUCAUCUUAAAGGCCUUUUGAAACAAUCUGUCAUCUUGAUUUUGUAUCUUAAACACAUUGGGAACAGGGAGAAGACGAAUGUGACUGUGCUUUUCUCUCUUUUCCACAUACUGCCUCUUUAAAACAGCAGAUGACUUUGUAAGCGGAGUAUAUGUUUAAAGUUGACACAGUAUGGAUCCAGCUUUGGGAACCAAACAGCCUCUAACCAGUCUACAGUUGAAUUAAAUGGAAAGAUUAAACUCUUAAGGCUAAGCCAUAAUGGGAUUCUAUCUAUGAAUUCACUUCGGGGCUUAUGAUAAUGUUUAAAAUGAGAAUCUGAUUCUGCUUUAACUCGGGUAAUAAUGUUUUACCCGUGAUCCUGUACCUUUUAGAAAGAUUUGAAUUCUUUGUAAGAAAAGUUUAGCAAGUGCAACUCAAACUGAACCCAAUUAAUUCUGUAAAAAACUCCAAUCUGACAUGGUUUAUUUGAUUCAUAACUAGACAUUUAAUCACACUUAUUUGAGCCACUAAAUCCACAAAUAAAUCUUAUUUCACAAAAUUAUGACCAAAAAUAGAAAUCUGUUCUAAAAAAAUUGCAAAAUCAUACUGAUAGAUUUCUAUAUAAAAAUGCUUUCCUUAUUUCAUGACACAACAGAGCUAAAUUAGGGUGGCGCCAACAUGCAGCUACAACAUUAAUGCACUUCUACAGACAAAUCUGGUGAGUUAUUCCUGUACGUUGGCAUCUUGAGUAGCAUCCAUUACUGCAAAAGCAGCUCAGCCUGUGCUACCGCCUGCAGACUGUGAUAACAGGAGCGAUAGCUGGAUUAAAAACAUCAGACUGCUGUUGAUGGAGGCAACCUAAUCACAUGAUAGUUUCCAUUAUUAACAGUUAUCUUAUUAGACAUGGGUUACAACAACUGCCAGGUCACAUUUUGAGAUACAGAAAAGAAAAUUAUCCUCCAUAUAUUCGUGAUAAAGUGCCAUGUAAUGUGACAUUAUUCUAUGCUAGUUAUGUUAAUCAAUUUACAUCUGUAUUCAAUCAUCAGACCAGAUGCAUUGGCCAAUACUUUUUAUGUAAAGAUAUUCAUGAAGCUCAUUAUUUAUAAUUAAUUUUUAUUUUCUUGCUGCAGCAACUGGACAGUAAUGAUUACAAUGCAGCCUCUCGAUUAGCUCCCUAGCUAGAAGGAAGUAUUUAUGAGGCUGUUUCAUUAAUCACCUGGCAGUAAACCACAAAACGCCAUCAGUAAGUCACUUUAAAGAGGAGAAAAUAUCAACAAGUAUGAUGUUCUUUUGUGUUGUGCAGAAUUUACAUUGUUAGUUUUUCAGGAAUGAUAUGACUAAACUUUAUUAGUGCUGAAAACUGUACUUAGAGGUUUUUUUUUUGUCACAGAGUCUCUAAAUGACUGUUGGACAAAGGUAGCAGUUUAAGACUUUUAAGCUCCUGUGGGUGUUUUUUACUUGGUCACUAAAAAAACAGAACAAUAUUAAAACAAAUAACAUUUUGUGACCUACAAGAGCAAACAAGAACUUCUGAAGAAUGAUAACCAUGAUAAUAUUAUAUGUGACAUGUAUGAAACUGCUGGUGGGGGAGUAGGUGUCAGUCAAACUGAUGAACCACAAGCUGCCAAAACAGCCUUUUAUACAUUUUAUACGGGUUUCCUGGUUUAUAAUACAUUUGAGUGUCAAUUAGCAUGAGAAUAAGGAGGUGUCUCUUUGUCAUAGAGGGUGCCAAAACCAACACCAACAGAAGCUUUAAUUUGGUUUCUGAGAAAUCAUAAUAAGCGCUCUACUGAUAUGUUGUGAUUGAUCAAUUCAGUGAGAAACAAAUGCCACACUAACUUAUUACGUAAAGUGUUAGCUUAGUUCUUCUUCCAUCACUGCACAUUUAAAACAUCAUGGCAGGUCAAGCUUUUACAUGUAGCAAAGAGACAACUACUCAAAGGCAACGCAUUUCAAGCUGCACAGACGAGAAAACAGCUUUGGAGUAUUCUAAAAUUUUGAAUAAAGCUGAAAAACAACUGAUUACAAUGUAAACUCUAUACACAGAAUACAGAUAUUUACUUCUCUACAGCCAACACUAAGUACCAGUUCUAGCAACAAGACUGUUUAAACUAGAGGGAAACACAAAUCAAAGCUGCCCUCAUCAGAAACUAUCGAUCAUAAAUUAUCAUAUUCAGCAUACAACACACAAACAGUUAAUCUUUAACAAUAUUAGAGUAUCACCAUACCAAUGCCACACCCUGAAGGACAGCUUUCUCACAACAACAAAUUAAAGCUGAAUUGGUAUAACUGCAGAUCUGUACAACAGCAGUAUAAAGAAGCAGUAAAAGAUCAGCUACAUAAACAACCAUCAGUGUCAGCAGACAUAUUUACAAGCACAUUAACUCAGAAUAGAGCCAAGAUUGUGUCUCAAUUCCUUACAACAAUUUCACAGCAUACAGUAUGCAUCAUCAAUUUUAUACUUUAAGAGGCCAGUGCAUAGAAAUAAAUAAGUUAGACUUUAAAGUCAACUCUAAACUUUAAAAAAUAUUAUUUCCUUCAUUUUUCAAGAACUUCAUGGUGCUGUCAGUGGUCUCAUACAAAAGUAUUUUUAGCAGUGUGCACCAUGUCCUGGUUGUAUUUCAAGUAAGAUAUUAAAUUCUAUUGCAAAAAGCAUUCUACCUCUGCAGCCACUUGGUUUCUCACCUCAUUAUUGAGUUAUGUGGAGAAAGCAGAAAUGUUAUGAUAAUGAGGCACAGGGCUGACUGGAUGUCCAAAUGUUGUUUGAAGGGGUUGCAGAGUGGUGCAGAUGGAUGCAGAAAAACACAAAGUUACAUUUCGAGUGCACCAGGAGUGCUCACCCCACUGCUACGCUAAAUGUUUCCUGUAACAGACCGUGAAUAUUGUCACAAAGUGUGGACAGUUACUGAUGGUAAGUCUGCUGUUGUUGGGUUGUAAAUUCUUGGUAAAGAUCCUUUGAUAAGAGUCAAACUCAAGUGAACCCAGCUUUCUACGAACCUUGUUGGAGUUCAGGGUGUAGCACACAAACAAGCAAGUUAGCACAACCUCUACUGCACAAUAUACAAGACAACCGCAUCAUAAAACACCAAGAGGUUUUGAGUUUAGAAAACAGUCCAGAAACUUAGAUUUUACCAAUAAUUGUCAGCAUGGACAUUUUGCAUCAACACAAAAAAUGUGCGGCAAAAAGUUCUCCACACUACCAGUAGUAUGAGCAGCAGACACUUUGCUGUCACCUGAGAGAUAAUACAAGCUUUUACCUAAAUAAAAAGCAAAUAUCUGGAUGGUCUUCUUCUCAAAAUACAAUAAAAAUAAGCUACUUAAGCAACAUAUAGUAUAACCCUCAACUUGAGGACUGGUUACAGCAGGCUUAGAGGAAAUCAAAACCAUAACCUCACAAGUUUGGUUCAUAAGAUUUGAAAUGCAACAGUCAGCAUUUGACUAAGUUAGUGAAAAGCAUCCCCAGAAAUACAAUGCACACAAUCCAAAGCAUAUCUACAAAACAGCUGCAUAUUGAUCUACAACAGAGCCACUAGAGCAAGUGUUUGCUUCAUAAAAACCCAAAAAGCAUAAAACACAAGCAGCAGGACAGCCAGAGAUGGAGCAGCAGAUAUAAACAGAUGCUAAACAGAGAGCUAGCAAACACAUUAGCAAAGGCAGUAGACACUUACCUUGUUGGAGGAAAACAGAGUUCAUUUCUGGUAGCGGCAUGUUUCUCAACGGCAUAACCAUGGAAAUUUGAUGAAUUAGGAGCAGCAGGCCAACAGUAGCAUAAACAAACACAAAAGUAUGAGAGAGUGAGUACAUAAUGCUACAUGAGCAACAUGCUAACAAACUACAAGAAGUGGGUGGAGCCUAGAAGCCUUUAAAAAACCCAGGUGAGCUUGAUCCAGAUGCCCAACUGGGAUGUAGACUCAUGUGACAGUGAAGCAGCCAAUGGGUCGAGAGGAGACUGCCUUAGUUUGUGAGUUAGAGCUAAAACCCUGCAUGUAAAGGCUGCUCAAAUAAAAACACAUGAAAAAGCUUGUGGAUGUGCAGCGUAGCUAAAAGUACAUCUCUGAGUGAAACAUCAUGACGUACUUGCUUACUGACCUGUUUGUCAAUAAGGUAAACAACAUUAAAAGUUGAAGCAAAGGUUAAAAAAUACAGAAAUGCUGAUGAAAUCAUUAAGAAAAUCCACAGCAGUCUGUCAUUAUCUUGGUUUCACCUGCGUGUGAACUCUUUAAAACCCUGAUAAUAAAUAAAAGAUUACUCUCCCUCUGACAUUGUCUCCUUGAAACUAUUAAUGCCGGCGUUUGAAGAGGGCUGUGAUCCAAACUCCUGUUUUUAAUCCUCAGCCUGUAGAGAAGGAGAAACUUACAUUUAACCCAGACGUAGCAGCUUUAAACUCGUCUUGUCUUGGGAAUAAACUCAAAGCAAACAAGCAGAUUCACAGAAUAUGGGUUUGAAAGGUCAUAGAUAGUAAAACCAUAAAUGUAAGAAUGUUUAUAAGUGAUCCAUACAGCUGGUAAACUCUUUCCUCACACCUCUCGUGCCUCUUAGGCUCUGGACUCAUGUUUUUUCAGGUUUGCCCAGAGACAAACAGAGAAAUAAUGAUGCAGCGAUGAAGCAUUUAUGUAUUCUGCACUCCUCUCUAGAAGCUGCAGAAUUGAUGGCGGGGCUGGCUGAUUGCAGUGCAGAUGAUAAAUGAUCCCAUACAUGCAGAUAAAAUAUCAUCAGCCAUUUGGGAUGUCCAAAAUAUCCACGGACACACACACACAUGCUGCUGUAGAUCUGGACUGCAUACUGCUGGAAUUAUUGAGGCCAUUUAAAAAACAUAGCUCUCUGACACUCCUGGCACCACACCGGAGAGUAAAGCUAUUAACCUUGAUCAUUAUUUCACAUUAGCAGGCGAGUUAGAGCUUCCAUCAGGGGCAAAUCUUACAGUGAAAAAAACUCACGAGCGGCCCCAUUUGUUAAUAUUCAGAAAUAAUUUAACCAGGAAUGCAACUGAUGUGUGAAAUGAAUAAAUUAUGAGCAGUUAUGCAGUAAAAGGAGUAGAGUUUUAAGAGGAAUUCUGUUCAAUCCAAAACCUUUACCUAAUCGUAGCCUAAUAUCGUUAUAUGAGAGGGUCAGACUGUUAUUUGAAGAGUAUAACUGCAUGACAAGAGGGAUCCCUACAGAGAGAAGUGGAUCUGAGAAGGACAGAGGCAGCAGUGGUCCCUGUUUCCAUCCAGGGGGGUCAGUGUGAACAUUGUGGAGGAUAACACGUACCUGGGGGUGUACUUGGAUAACAAAAUGGACUAGUCUAAAAACACUGAAGCUGUCUAAAAGAAGGGCCUCGGGAGGCUCAGGUCCUUUAACAUCUGCAGGACCAUGCUGAGGAUGUUAUAUGAGUCUGUGGUGGCCAGUGUGAUCCUGUUUGCUGUUGUGUGCUGGGGCAGCAGAUAUCAACAGACUCAACAAACUCUUCCACAAGGCUUGUGACAUUGUGGGGGUAGAGCUGGACUCUCUGACGGUGGUGACAGAGAGUAGGCUGUUGUCAAAGUUACAUGGUAUCUUGGACAGCAUCCGCCGCCCACUCCAUAACGUGCUGAUUGAACACAGGAGCAAAUUCAGUGCCAGACUUAUUCCCCCUAAAUGCACCACAGAGCGUCACAGGAAGUCAUUCUUGCCUGUAGCCAUCAAACUUUAUAACCCCUCCCUCUGAGUGUCACACACUCUAUCUGUCCCUGGACUUGUUUCUCAUGUAGUAAGUAAGAUUUUUGUAGCAGACCACGGGACAGUUUUCACAGUUUUCCACUUCACCUCAGUCUAUCUCAAAUUGGAUCAGGCCCUGUGAAGUUGUGGUGUAGAAGUGUGUCUGGAUUGGAUUUAUAUCUGGUUUCCUCUUUGCAUGGUUCAUGUUUUACUUGCAUUUGUGGAUGUAGAGAUAAACUCUCGACAGGCAAGGUUUUCUGGCAAAUCUUGACAUUUUUGGAUUUGGAGUUGUAUUUUCUUUGUUAAAUCUACCCAGGAAAAGCUGACUGUAUUUAAUCCGAGGAUCUCCUGGUGUUAAAAGGUCAUAUAGCUCUAUCCCAAUGUGAUGCACUUUUAAAGUGGAGCCUCUUACUGAUGAUACAGAGAGAUGAGCUCUUUGCAUUGAAGCCUAUAAUCAUAUAGAAACAUAGAUGUUAAUUUGACAUGAGAGAUUAGCCCUUAAUAAGUGUGAGAACUGACUCAUGGCUGAAUAAACCCAUCCCUGGAUGCUCACUGUAAAUCUCUCUGGACCAACAUAUUAACUCUUUCUCUUUGCUCAAUAAGCAGACUAAUAUUCAUUCAUUUCACUCAGUAAUUAAUGAUAAUAUUCUGUGGUCUGUGUGCGUGGUAAUGUGACUAACUCAUUCUCUCUCUCAUUCCUCUUAGAAAUGUAUGAAUUCACAGAAAGGAAGCAAAGAAAAAUGAGACGUGCAGGACAAUUCGUUUUGAGAUUUAACGGAUAAAUACGAGACUGAGUUAUAUCAAGCUUUGGCUCAUGAAAAGGUUUCACUCUUGGUUUGUUCUGCUUGUUGAAAAUAAAGAAAUAAAUCAAAGUUAGGUGUCCACACUGGGAGCCGAUAAAAUGAUCAACUCUGCAAGCAACAAAACAGACCCCUCCUUACUGUCGGGAUGCAGUGAGCAUGAAAAACUUUGCGAACAUUUUGAAGUAAAAAAAGAAAAACAGCUUAAUCAAUAUAAAGUUUUCCACCUUUAGCCUAUAAUUUAUUAUUUUCAACUGAGUAAGGUAAGGGUCACUUAAUGAUUUGAUCCCAAAGUACCAAGCACCAAACACUUCCUCAAGUUUUCUCUUAUCUUUACAAAUGUAUUAUUUUCGAUUUUAUCCCAUCCAUUUUGAGACAAACAGCUGUGCUUCAGAGAAAUUUUCAUUCUGUAUCAUGUUUCAUAGUGUCCCAGGUAUCAAGACUGUUUUCAUUGUGGUCAGAUUGCUCUCAUGCUUAAAGAAAAGAGGAGUCAUUGCUGUAUAUUAUGCAAUACAGUUGUAACAUAAGAAAAGGAGCUGUGGUUGUGAAGAAGAGGCUUCAGUUUAUUAAUGUUCACCUUCCCAACAGGACAGUUUAAGAGAGGAAAGAAGGGGAGAGGGGGCAUGAUAUGCAACAAAGUGGAUCCUACAACCAGUUCAACUGGGACUGUUGCCUCUUUGUCGGAUUUAUAUGGUUCUACCUUUGCAACAGGUGUUUAAAGGUCACUCUCAACAACGAUAUAUCCUCCUCUG